GAGGAGGUGGCUGCUCAGCCCAAGCCCACUGGAAAGAGAGUGCGAAUGCCCUUGAUAAGUUGGUUCUCCCACGUGGUCGGCCUGACUGCCUACCUGCCUGUACAGUCCCUGGUUGGCUGUGUGCUGUAGUCAGGAUACAGGAAGGAUAUUGACCCAGUCCUCAGUCUAACAGUGUUCUUCCUGAACCUAGAGGUAGGCCUAGGCUGUGGAGAGUAAGGAAGACAAUUUUUCCCCCCCAGCUCUUGCCCUGUGUUUCACCCAGGCUGUCAAUUAAGGAAGAUAAAUGUCCAGGGUACCAGUGACCUGCCUGCUGACCCUGUGUACUGAGGUCUCCCACCCUGACUCUGUCUUCUCUCUGACAUGUGAGCAGUCAUGAGGCCUUGGUCAGCAGAGCACAGUGUAUUGGUGUCAUGGCUCAUCCUACAUAACUACUGCUGUACACCUUUUCUAUUAACAUACUGUCUACAGUACCCCAUUCAUAUAUAUUGAUAUUCCGAAUUCUGGUCCAGAAGCUAAUUUCCCACAAUUCUUUACAUUUUGUCAUGGUUUUGUACUGUGUAUUUAAAUACUGUAUUCUCCACAUAUCUCAUUCUAAUAUUUAUACAACUGUACAUCACAUUUCAGUUACUGUUUAUCCACACCACAUAUAUUUAUAUACUGGAUUAUUGGCAUAGCUCACUCUAAUAUACAAAAGUAUGUGGACACCCCUUUAAAUUAGUGGAUUUGGCCAUUUCAGCCACACCUGUGGCUGACAGGUGUUUUAAAAUCGUGCACACAGCUAUGCAAUCUCCAUAGACAAACAUUGGCAGUAGAAUGGCCUUACUAAAGAGCUCAUUGACUUUCAACGUGGCACUGUCAUAGGAUGCCACCUUUCCAACAAGUCAGUCAGUCUAGCAUGUAAAAAUGGUUUGUCCUCGGUUGCAACACUCAAUACAGAGUUCCAAACUGCCUCUGAAAGCAACGUCCGCACAAGAACUGUUCGUCGGGAACUUCAUGAGCCUAAGAUCACCAUGCGCAAUGCCAAGCGUUGGGGGAAGUGGUGUAAAGCUUGCCGCCAUUGGACUCUGGAGCAGUGGAAACGCGUUCUCUGAUUUUAGUAUUUUAAAUGAAACUUUUGAUUAUUUGUGUACUGUUUGACGUUUUACUACAUUGUUAGGAGGUAGUAACAUAAGCAUUUCGCUGCACCCGCUAUAACAUCUGCUGAAAUGUGUAUGCGACCAAUAAACUUUGAUUUGAAAUGAGGCACCGCCGCCUCCUCCUCCACAGUCUAUAUCUGUACAGGAGAUAACUGGGCCCAUAAAUCUGGUGAGAGCAGCCGCCUCUCCCCAGGGGCAGCGCUUUAUAACUGGCUAAUCAUCAAUGACUCUCCACCUUGGAGGGAAGAAAUGAAACUCAUUACAGGACUAGUGCACCCUCCAUUUUGGCCCUUUGACCCAUGUCAUGCUUGCCUUUGUCCCUGUGGAACCUUGGCUUGUGUUCAACAGCUUUUUGGUGUUCCGCUGGUUUUGAAGUUUGGAAAAAGCCUUUAAUUAUUUCUGUACCUCCGUCUGGAUGACAUUAUAUUUUGGUUCAUGGCCUUGAUUUGAAUUUAUAUUAAAGACUUAUUACCAAGACUUGAAAGUUAAGGAAAGGAAAAUGGUUUUCGACAACCUAGAAUAAAAAUUAUUCCUGAUUUUGUUGUAUCGUGGAGGUGAGAGCAGUAUCACUGUUUUCAUUGAUUUGUUUUACUCCCCAUGCGUUAGAUGUGGACUACAUCUUCAUUUACUAACCUUGGAAGUUAUGCACAAGACAUCUUUGCAGUGAACUUGAUGUACAUUUCCCCAAGUGUUUAGUCUGCUGGUUCAUUGUAUUAGGAGACUAUAUACAAUAUACAUUUCUAGCCUCUGUGUUCCAGUGUUGAACCUAAAUGUCUGCUAAAGCAAUAUAUUUACAUAUUGUAUACAUGUAAAUGGCUCUGAAUUUGUAUUCUAAUGCUGUAUCUCCAUCUCUCUGUACAGUUUGGUAGGGACGAGAGGAGGGUGGACAGCAGGACCAUCUACGUAGGCCACCGGCCCUGUCCUGCCACCGACGCUUUCAUCCCCCCCAAAUUCUGUGACAACAGGAUUGUCUCUUCCAAGGUAAGAUAUAUAUACUGCCAUGUUUUUACACCAAUCGACCUGGGGUCUGCACAACACCGUAAAACAGGCAAGUGGACAUGUUUUUCCGUUUCGGCACAUGCUUGAAUAGUUUCACCUGUCCCACUCUCACCUAAACACCACUGACUCUCCCUCCACUUCAUGGAGUCCACUGGCAGUCUUCUCUAGCUCUUUCUCUUUCCCCCUCUCCUCCCACUGCCUGUCCACGUGCUCAUCUUCCUCCCCAAAUGGAAGGCCAUUAUUUGUCUGUCAGGAGAGCUCUGUCUGUGGCACUGAAAUACACUGCUACUAUUUAAUGUACCAGCAGGCAUGGUGGGCGAUUCAAUCUGCCCCCCUCUGGCUCUCUGAUGAGCCCCCCUAUAUCACCCCCUUCAGGGCUAGGGGUGUGGGUCUGAGGAGGAGGGCUGGCUGGGGGUUUAGAAUCAUAUAUAUAUAUAUAUAUAUAUAUAUAUAUAUAUAUAUAUAUAUAUAUGUGUAUAUGUAUGUAUAUAUGUGUAUAUGUAUGUAUAUAUGUGUAUAUGUAUGUAUAUAUGUGUAUAUGUAUGUAUAUAUAUAUGUAUAUGUAUGUAUAUAUAUAUGUAUAUGUAUGUAUAUAUAUAUGUAUAUGUAUGUGUAUAUAUAUAUGUAUAUGUAUGUAUAUGUAUGUAUGUAUGUGAGUGGUGAGGAUGGAAGAGAGAGAGGGGGAGGAAGGAUGGGGGAGAGAGAGAGAGAGUGGGGAUUUAUAGUAGUGCAGAGGGUCCCACUGGGAAUGGGCCAAUCAAUGUCUCUCGUCCUCCAGUGUUACCCUGGCUGUAGUGUUUACACUUCUACCAUGCGCCUGCCUUCCAUCACCCUGUUCCUUCUCUUUCUCCUUCCCCUCCUCUACUCACUCUGCACCAUCUCUCUCCCUCCUCCCUCACGCUCCCCCUCUUAUUACUUUCCCUCACACUCUUUUCUCUCUGGCAAAAUGAGAUGGUCCCUUUCUGCUACCGCUGCAUUUCAGCAUUCUGCCUCCACUCAAAGACAUUCCUCUACCCUCCCCUCUCAACAGUGGAGUGUGUGGGUGUGUGUCCGUGUCCAUACGCUUUAGUCCGGCGUGUUGUUGAGUGGUGUAAGUUACCACCGGGGCAUUGUUAUGCCGUCUCACAGGGAUUUGGCAAGAUGAGUGUCACGUCAGCUUCUGUGUUGAGUAUCAACAGUUAUGCCCGCUUAUUUUAAAAAAAUAUGCCGCCAAAAAAUCUGCAGCCAACUUGAUAAAGUAAUCUGCUCUCCAUUCAUGGCUGGGCGAAUUAGGAGAUAAGUCUGUAAUCCGAAUCAAUGGAAUACCUGCAGGCCCCCGAGGGCUGAGAGGAGGACUGGCUCCCUGGGUCACAGGCAGUUUAGAAAGGCAGCACCAGCGCCGUCUCACUGAGCGAACACACACACACACACACACACACACACACACACACACACACACAGAGAGAGAGAAAGGAGGGAAGGAAGGAACUGAUGAAUAUUGAAUGCCACUAAUCCUUUUCCUAGCUUAGCCUUUCUUCCUAUAUCCUACUAGUCCUCUACCCUGAAAAGAGGUUGAUGUCAAAGAACAGAAAAAUAGUGGUUUGCAGAGACCAAGGAUUCACUGGGUAGGCCUAUUGUGUUUUAGAAUUGUGCUUUUAAUUCUCAUUUAAUUUCAUUGGUGCCCUCUCUUGCUCCCAUUUUGUCUUUCCAGUACACGGUGUGGAACUUUCUGCCAAAGAAUCUGUUUGAACAGUUCAGAAGAAUCGCCAAUUUCUACUUCCUAAUCAUCUUUUUGGUGCAGGUGAGUUGUAUGCUUGGGACAUGUGAGUAUGUGUUAGUGUGAAUUGACUGUGAGGGUCUCUGUGUGUGAAAUGGUGACAAUGUGUGCCUGUUAUCAGGGCUGGGUGUAACUGACUAUUAUGGCACGUGGGAAACAGUUGGUGUGUGAAUCCCUGUGGUCAGGCCUGUGUGUAUGACUGGAUGUGUUUGAGUGUGAGCCUCUGUAUGUGUUUGCGAGUGUAACCUAUUUGGGGAGUUGUGAACGGGGACUGCGUGUGUCUGUGGCCAGAGCUGUACAUGGUUUUGUGUGGCUAGCGCUCCUCUGCUCAACUGCUGAGUGGAAAGUGUGAGGGGGUGAGGGCUAAGCCAGAGCCAAAGCACUGGGUGACAUGUUUAUCCCUCAGCUCUGUGCUCACAGCAGUACCGCUCUGUUCCUCUACCUCUCCUCUCCUCUAUCAGGUCCAUAGAUCUGCCCAGCGAUGUUUCUCUCUCGCUCGCUCUCGCUCUCUCUCCCCCCCCCCCCCCCACCCGAGGAGGAAACUAACCACCUCUCUCUCUAGCAACCAUAAACUAAAGGUCUAAACAGCCCAUCCCCAGUGUAAACAGGCUCAGCAUACGGAGGGCUGGCUGGCAUAAAUACAGUAGCCUACCAGUAGUCACUGAUGCUCCUGUCAGACAAUUGGUAUGACAAUUCCACGGGGACUGUUACGGCUCAAUUCCACUGGAAGGAACUAGGACUAAUGAGAGCUAAGGAGAAGCAGUCACAGGGUUGGAGAGAGAUGCUGUAGUCCUGAACUCUGAGCUUGUUAGUAAAUUGACAACAGUUCAUCGCCUCUUUGCUGUAUUUAGCGGCACAAUCAGCCGCCUUCUGUUCUUUUAUUCACUGUGACCUUUACCUGUUUGAGUACUGUAUCAGUGGGUUCAUCUCUGUGUACUGUGUGUGUGUGUGUACAGUAGAUGUGCUGGAGUGCGUGGUAAAUCAGCAUAGUGUGUAUGAGUUAGAUUGAAGGAACAUUUGCAGCGUAAAUGUGCAAACGUGUGAGUCAUGAUUUUGUAAGAAGUUGUUUGCGUGUGUAAGUGGGCGUCUGCGUGUGUGUGUGUGUGUGCGCGCACCCAGACUGAUAUGUGGCUGUCCUCCACUAAUCCAGCCUUAUCCUUACCGUCCAGUUCCCCCCACACAGCCUACCAUUGUCGCUUGGGGAAAAAGGGAGACGCACACAUACGAUACAUGCACGCAAGCACACACACACACACCCUUGCACACCUGCACCUUUCAAUUCCCCAGUGGCUUCAUGCAAAUGGACCAACAGAAUCCAAACACACAACCCCCUUUCUCCUUUUACCUCUCUCUGUCUCUUAGUGAGUCGCUCCUCUCUCUGUGUGUGUUAGCGAGUCUCCCUCUGUUAGCAAGUCUCUUUCGCUCUCUCCCCCUCUCCGUUGGCAAGUCUCUCCCCGUUGGCAAGACUCUCCCCCUCUCUCCCCAUUGGCAAGUCUCUCCCCCUCUCUCCCCAUUGGCAAGUCUCUCUCUCCCUCACCCUCGGCAAGUCUCUCUGGAUGUACUGGGCCGUACAUACUACCCUCUGUAGCGCCUUACGGUCAAAUGCCAAGUAGUUGCCAUACCAGGCGGUGAUUCAACCGGUCAGGAUGCUCUCGAUGGUGCAGCUGUAGAACCUUUUGAGGAUCUGGGGAUCCAUGCCAAAUCUUCUCAGUCUCCUGAGGGGGAAAAGGUGUUGUCGUGCCCUCUUCACAACUGUCUUGGUGUGUUUGGACCAUGAUAGUUUGUUUGAUGUGGGCACCAAAGAGCUUGAAACUCUUGACCCGCUCCACUUCAGCCCCGUCAAUGUUAAUGGGGGCCUGUUCGGCCCUCUUUUUCCUGUAGUCCACGAUCAACUCCUUUUGUCUUGCUCACAUUGAGGGAGAGGUUGUUGUCCUGGCACCACACUGUAAGGUCUCUGACCUCCUCCCUAUAGGCUGUCGUGUCGGUGAUCAGGCUUACCACUGUUGUGUCGUCAGCAAACUUGAUGAUGGUGUUGGAGUCGUGCUUGGCCAUGCUGUCGUGGGUGAACAGGGAGUACAGGAGGGGAUUAAGCACGCACCCCUGAGGGGCCCCAAUGUUGAGGAUCAGCGUGGCAGAUGUGUUGUUGCCUACCCUUACCACCUGGGGGCGGCCCGUCAGGAAGUCCAGGAUCCAUUUGCAGAGGGAGGUGUUUAGUCCCAGGGUCCUUAGCUUAGUGAUGAGCUUUGUGGGUACUAUGGUGUUGAACGCUGAGCUGUAGUCAAUGAACAGCAUUCUCACAUAGGUGUUCCUUUUGUCCAGGUGGGAGAGGGCAGUGUGGAGUGCGAUUGAGAUUGCGUCAUCUGUGGAUUUGUUGGGGCGGUAAGCGAAUUGGAGUGGGUCUAGGGUUUCCGGCAUGUUGGUGUUGAUGUGAGCCAUGACCAGCCUUUCAAAGCACUUCAUGGCUUUCAAAGCACAAUCUUGCUGCUGUGAUUGCACACUUUGGCGUUUCACCCAAUAGAGGUUUAUCAAAAUUGGAUUUGUUUUUGAAUUCUUUGUGGGUCUGUGUAAUCUGAGGGAAGUAUGUGUGUCUCUAAUAUGGUCAUACAUUUGGCAGGAGGUUAGGAAGUGCAGCUCAGUUUCCACCUCAUUUUGUGGGCAGUGUGCACUAAGCAUGUCUUCUCUUGAGAGCCAGGUCUGCCUUUGGCGGCCUUUCUCAAUAGCAAGGCUAUGCUCACUGAGGCUGUACAUAGUCAAAGAUAUCCUUAAUUUUGUGUCAGUCACAGUGGUCAGGUAUUCUGCCACUGUGUACUCUCUGUUUAGGGCCAAAUAGCAUUCUAGUUUGCUCUGUUUAAAAAAAUAAAAAUACAAAAUACAAUGUGUCCGCUAAUGAUCUUUUUGUUUUCUCAUGAUUUGGUUGGGUCUAAUUUGUUGCUGUUCUGGGGCUCUGUGGGGUCUGUUUGUGAACAGAGCCCCAGGACCAGCUUGCUUAGGGGGGCUCUUCUCCAGGUUAAUCUCUCUGUAGGUGAUGGCUUUGUUAUGGUAGGUUUGGUAAUCGCCUCCUUUUAGGUGGUUGUAGAAUUGAACGGCUCUUUUCUGGAUUUUGAUAAUUAGCGGGUGUCGGCCUAAUUCUGCUCUGCAUGCAUUAUUUGGUGUUCUACAUUGUACACAGAGGAUAUUUUUGCAGAAUUAUGCAUGCAGUCUCAAUUUGGUCUUUGUCCCAUUUUGUGAAUUCUUGGUUGGUGAGUGGACCCCAGACCUCACAACCAUAAAGGGCAAUGGGUUCUAUAAUUGAUUCAAGUAUUUGUAGCCAGAUUCUAAUUGGUAUGUCGAAUUUUAUGUUCCUUUUGAUGGCAUAGAAGGCCCUUCUUGCCUCGUCUCUCAGAUAGUUCACAGCUUUGUGGAAGUUACCUGUGGCACUGAUGUUUAGGCCGAGGUAUGAAUAAUUUUUUGUGUGCUCUAGGGCAACAGUGUCUAGAUGGAAUUUGUAUUCGUGGUCCUGGCAACUGGACCUUUUUUGGAACACCAUUAUUUUUGUCUUACUGAGAUUUACUGUCAGGGCCCAGGUAUGACAGAAUCUGUGCAGAAGAUCUAGGUGCUGCUGUAGGCCCUCCUUGGUUGGGGCAGAAGCACCAGAUCAUCAGCAAACAGUAGACAUUUGACUUCAGAUUCUAGUAGGGUGAGGCCGGGUGCUGCAGACUGUUCUGGUGCCCUCGCCAAUUCGUUGAUAUAUAUGUUAAAGAGGGUGGGGCUUAAGCUGCAUCCCUGUCUCACCCCCCGGCCCUUUGGAAAGAAAUGUGUGUUUUUUGCCAAUUUUAACCGCACACUUGUUGUUUGUGUACAUGGAUUUUAUAAUGUAUGUUUUUCUUCCAACACCACUUUCCAUCAAUUUGUAUAGCAGGCCCUCAUGCCAAAUUGAGUCAAGCUUUUUUGAAAUUAACAAAUCAUGAGAAGACUUUGCCUUUGUUUGUUUGUCAAUUAGGGUGUGCAUGGUGAAUACAUGGUCUGUCGUACGGUAAUUUAGUAAAAAGCCAAUUUGACAUUUGCUCAGUACAUUGUACGAGUCUGCUGUUAAUGAUAAUGCAGAGGAUUUUCCCAAGAUUGCUGUUGAUGCAUAUCCCACGGUAGUUAUUGGGGUCAAAUUUGUCUCCACUUUUGUGGAUUGGGGUGAUCAGUCCUUGGUUCCAAAUAUUGGAGAAUAUGCCAGAGCUGAGGAUGAAGUUUAAGUUUUAGCCAAUUGGAAUUUGUGUCACCUCCAGCUAGGUGUUUGUCCCCUUGUGUGCUGAGGGUGUCAGGUUCUUGUCAAGUUCUGGCAUUUAGGUCGCCACAGACUAGUACAUGUCCUGGGCCUGGAAAUUGUUGAUCUCCCCCUCUAGGAUGGAGAAGCUGUCAUCGUUAAAGUAUGGGGAUACUAUUGGGGGGAUAUAGGUAGCACACAUGAGGACAUUUUUCUCUGUUGAGAUAAUUUCUUUAUUAAUUUCUAGCCAGAUGUAAAAUGGUCCUGUUUUGACUAAUUUAAUAGAGAGGGUUAGGUCUGCUCUAUACCAAAUUAGCAUACCCUCUGAGUCUCUUCCCUGUUUCAGACCUGGUAGUUUGGUGGAUGGGACUAUCAGCUCUCUGUAACCUAGAGGGCAACCAAUGGGUCCCUCUCCUUUAUACCAUGUUUCUCCAUUAGUGAUUGUCUAUCUUGCUCUGUUAGUUAGUCUCUCUCUGUUAGACAAUCACUAUCUCUCUCUGCGCUGCUGACGUCAGCAGCCAGGAAGCCCUCUGUACUUAUGAGAGCCUCAAAUAGACUCUGGCUGCCUGAUAAAAAAGCACCACUCUCCUAUAAAUAGCUCUGUAUGCCUUUGCUGCCUGCCUCCUGAUCGAAUGGGAGCGGGGUUGGAGAGAUGGAGGGAGGGAAGAUGAGGGCCCAUGCCUCCCCUGCCCUGGGACCUGAGGGACAGGCAGUCUGUCGCUCACUCUGACACACUUCCUCCCUGUUCAGAAGGAGACAAGGGUGUAUCAAAGUUUGAGGAAUGGGCCUGUUAUUUGCGGGGGUAUGGUCUGUAGUUGUGUGAUUACUGUGUGAGAUUACAGAUUGGUGGAAUGUAUAAAAUGUACGAGGGAAGGAGAUGGAACAACACUCAGGAGAAAUAGCCUGCCCCCCUAGGUAACGCUAUGGGAACAUUGGGGUGUCCAGUGUUUUUUUUUCUCCAGCAGCGGUGGCAAGAUUAGCUGGUGGGGAGUGGGGGGGUAGUGGGCGUGGCCAAUGGGUGUGGAGUGUUUGUGUGAUUAUAGUGCACUCUGUAAUGGCCACUCUCUGCAGUAGUGUGAUGUGAACUAAAUCAUGCCUUGUAGUCGGGUGGGACUGACCGUGUCGGGGACAUACUGUCCUCAGCACUUUCAGCCGCAAUACAGCCAGUCACUCUUUUUUAAUAUCUUUAAUCGGCCUGGACUGGCCACAUCUAGCCCCACUCCCUACCUCCAGAAGGGCUUUUAUCAAUUUAUAAGAUCGAAAAACGAUAUGUGCCUUCGCCCGCUCCCACCAACAUCUAUCACCUAUGGGGCCGAGGGGCAGCAUUAGUUACAGCUCUUUCUGCUGAAUAGACUUACUGAAUGUGAAGAGGGUCCGGGCUGGGCCAGGAGAGGGGAGAUGUAUUCAAUAAAACUCCUGCUCCGGAAUCACCCGAGGGUCCACUGAGGAGUCUUUAACAUUGAGACCUGCCACCUGGGUGGACCCAGCUCCACAAAUUCUAUUAAAGUCUUCUCACAGCCUCUAUUUCUGGCUGGGAACACCUGGAGCUACAGAAGAAGAGGAGGAGAGGACAGUUUCACUCUCACAUUCUCCCUCUCUUUGACUGAGUCCCAGUCAAAGCUUUAGUGCUCAGCACACUGCCUGCUGGUGUGUGUAGGUGAUGCAUGUACAGUGAGGGAAAAAAGUAUUUGAUCCCCUGCUGAUUUUGUACGUUUGCCCACUGACAAAGAAAUUAUCAGUCUAUAAUUUUUAUGGUAGGUUUAUUUGAACAGUGAGAGACAGAAUAACAACAAAAAAAUCCAGAAAAACGCAUGUCAAAAAUGUUAUAAAUUGAUUUGCAUUUUAAAUGAGGGAAAUAAGUAUUUGACCCCCUCUCAAUCAGAAAGAUUUCUGGCUCCCAGGUGUCUUUUAUACAGGUAACGAGCUGAGAUUAGGAGCACACUCUUAAAGGGAGUGCUCCUAAUCUCAGCUUGUUACAAGUAUAAAAGACACUUGUCCACAGAAGCAAUCAAUCAAUCAGAUUCCAAACUCUCCACCAUGGCCAAGACCAAAGAGCUCUCCAAGGAUGUCAGGGACAAGAUUGUAGACCUACACAAGGCUGGAAUGGCUACAAGACCAUCGCCAAGCAGCUUGGUGAGAAGGUGACAACAGUUGGUGCGAUUAUUCGCAAAUGGAAGAAACACAAAAUAACUGUCAAUCUCCCUCGGCCUGGGGCUCCAUGCAAGAUCUCACCUCGUGGAGUUGCAAUGAUCAUGAGAACGGUGAGGAAUCAGCCCAGAACUACACGGGAGGAUCUUGUCAAUGAUCUCAAGGCAGCUGGGACCAUAGUCACCAAGAAAACAAUUGGUAACACACUACGCCGUGAAGGACUGAAAUCCUGCAGCGCCCGCAAGGUCCCCCUGCUCAAGAAAGCACAUAUACAGGGCUGUCUGAAGUUUGCCAAUGAACAUCUGAAUGAUUCAGAGGAGAACUGGGUGAAAGUGUUGUGGUCAGAUGAGACCAAAAUCGAGCUCUUUGGCAUCAACUCAACCCGCCGUGUUUGGAGGAGGAGGAAUGCUGCCUAUGACGCCAAGAACACCAACCCCACCGUCAAACAUGGAGGUGGAAACAUUAUGCUUUGGGGGUGUUUUUCUUUUAAGGGGACAGGACAACUUCACCGCAUCAAAGGGACGAUGGACGGGGCCAUGUACCGUCAAAUCUUGGGUGAGAACCUCCUUCCCUCAGCCAGGGCAUUGAAAAUGGGUUGUGGAUGGGUAUUCCAGCAUGACAAUGACCCAAAACACAUGGCCAAGGCAACAAAGGAGUGGCUCAAGAAGAAGCACAUUAAGGUCCUGGAGUGGCCUAGCCAGUCUCCAGACCUUAAUCCCAUAGAAAAUCUGUGGAGGGAGCUGAAGGUUCGAGUUGCCAAACGUCAGGCUCGAAACCUUAAUGACUUGGAGAAGAUCUGCAAAGAGGAGUGGAACAAUAUCCCUCCUGAGAUGUUUGCAAACCUGGUGGCCAACUACAAGAAACGCCUGACCUCUGUGAUUGCCAACAAGGGUUUUGCCACCAAGUACUAAGUCAUGUUUUGCAGAGAGGUCAAAUACUUAUUUCCCUCAUUAAAAUGCAAAUCAAUUAAUAACAUUUUUGACAUACGUUUUUCUGGAUUUUUUUGUUGUUAUUCUGUCUCUCACUGUUCAAAUAAACCUACCAUUAAAAUUAUAGACUGAUCAUUUCUUUGUCAGUGGGCAAACGUACAAAAUCAGCAGGGGAUCAAAUACUUUUUUCCCCUCACUGUAUGUAUGUAUGUAUGUAUGUAUGUAUGUAUGUAUGUAUGUAUGUAUGUAUGUAUGUAUGUGUUGCUAAGGGAGCAGCAAGUUCCUCUUUCACUUCCUCAUUGUCAGUCCUCUCACAGGUGAGCAGGGAAACACCAGAGAGAGGGCUCACAACAAAUCUCCUGCCUCAGCUGAUGCCAAUCUGACAGCUUGUACAGCUCAUGCUCUGAAUGCCAAAUAAGAGCCACUCUACGCGUGUGGGUGCACAACUCUGUGUGUGUGUUCCGUAACAAGCGCCACUUUCUCAGUGGGAGCCUCUGGCGUGUGCUGAAAGCCUCUGGCGUGCUGCAGGAUCAGGGGAGCGGGGUUAAAUCCGCCUCGUGACCGCAUUAAGAGGGUACACGCACAAUUACACAAUGGCUGCGUGUUGUUGGGGGCUGUUUUUGCAGGUCAAGCUUUUGUCUCUGUGCUCCGGAGCCACUGGUUGUUUGGGAUUACCUGACUGGCCCUGUGCAGGAAAUCUGUCUCUCUAGGCUCGUUAGUGGUCCAGAUUCCUGUGCGCGCACACACACACCACACACAAGACUGCCCCUGGCCUGCGGUCCAGCACGGCUCCCAGCAGGAGAGGAGGGCCUGCUCAGUUGUCUGUUGGCAUCAACACUAGGCAGGCAGCAGGAACCACCCUGUGUGGGUUCAGAUUAAAUACCACUGUGGCCCUGGCCCACUUAAUUAGGUGUCCUGCAGGUCCAAGAUCCUUGGAUUCUCCUCCUACUCUGUCUCGGUACAAAAUGUCUCAUGUCUCUCUGUUGGACGGAGAGAGGAGAGAGAUUAGGCGCUUUGGAGCCGGGACUGCCACACACACACACGCAUGCGUACACUCAGGCAGACACACACUACAACCUGUAUUUAUGUGGGAGUGCCCCGCCCGCUGAUCUUCUACCACAUCAUGUGCUCGAAGAAUCUGUUGUAACCUGUCCAAUGUUAUUCUUUUUCCAUACAAUGAAUUCUCGUCUAAGAAAUGGCCUUGGAAAUGACUCUUUCACUGCACCACUCCUGAGACAGUCUGCACUAACUACGUUGUAGGCAGGAUUUAAAAAAUAAAUACAUUAUUUAACCAGGUAGGCCAGUUGAGGACAAGUUCUCAUUUACAACUGCGACCUAGAUAAAGAUAAAGCAAAGCAGUGCGAUUAAAAACAACAACACAGAGUUACAUAUGGGAUAAACAAAAACGUACAGUCAAUAACACAAUAGAAAAAUAGAAAAUCUAUAUACAGUGUGCAAAUGUAGUAAGUUAUGGAGGUAAGGCAAUAAAUAGGCCAUAGUGCAAAAUAAUUACAAUUUAGUAUUAACACUGGAGUGAUAGAUGAUGUGCAAAUAGAGAUACUGGGGUGCAAAUUAGCAAAAUAAAUAAUAUGUGGAUGAGGUAGUUGGGUGGGCUAAUUACAGAUGGGCUGUGUACUUGUGCAGUGAUCGGUAAGGUGCUCUGACAACUGAUGCUUAAAGUUAGUGAGGGAGAUAAGAGUCUCCAGCUUCAGAGAUUUUUGCAGUUCGUUCCAGUCAUUGGCAGCAGAGAACUGGAAGGAAUGGCGGCCAAGGGAGGUGUUGGCUUUGGGGAUGACCAGUGAGAUAUACCUGCUGGAGCGCAUACUACGGAUGGGUGUUGCUAUGGUGACCAAUGAGCUAAGAUAAGGCGGGGAUUUGCCGAGCAGUGAUUUAUAGAUGACCUGGAGCCAGUGAGUUUGGCAACGAAUAUGUAGUGAGUGCCAGCCAACGAGAGUGUACAAGUCACAAUGGUGGGUAGUAUGUGGGGCUUUGGUGACAAAACGGAUGGCACUGUGAUAGACUACAUCCAAUUUGCUGAGUAGAGUGUUGGAGGCUAUUUUGUAAAUGACAUCGCCGAAGUCAAGGAUCGGUAGGAUAGUCAGUUUUACGAGGGCAUGUUUGGCAGCAUGAGUGAAGGAGGCUUUGUUGCAUAAUAAGAAGCCGAUUCUAGAUUUAACUUUGGAUUGGAGAUGCUUAAUGUGACUCUGGAAGGAGAGUUUAUGGUGUAACCAGACACCUAGGUAUUUGUAGUUGUCCACAUAUUCUAAGUCAGACCCGCCCGAGAGUAGUGAUUCUAGUCGGGCGGGCUGGUGCAAGCAGCGUUCGAUUGAAGAGCAUGCAUUUAGUUUUACUAGCUUUAAGAGCAAUUGGAGGCUACGGAAGGAGUUGUAUGGCAUUGAAGCUCGUUUUGGAGGUUUGUUAACAGUGUCCAAUGAAGGGCCAGAUGUAUACAAAAUGGUGUCGUCUGCGUAGAGGUGGAUCUGAGAGUCACCAGCAGCGAGAGCGACAUCAUUGAUAUACACAGAGAAUAGAGUCAGCCAGAGAAUUGAACUCUGGGGCACCCCCAUAGACUGCCAGAGGUCCAGACAACCGGCCCUCCGAUUUGACACAUUGAACUCUAUCUGAGAAGUAGUUGGUGAACCAGACGAGGCAGUCAUUUGAGAAAGGCUAUUUAGUCUGCCAAUAAGAAUGUGGUGAUUGACAGAGUCGAAAGCCUUGGCCAGGUCGAUGAAGACUGCUGCACAGUACUGUCUUUUUAUCGAUUGCGGUUAUAAUAUUGUUUAGGACCUUGAGGGGUACCCAUGACCAGCUCGGAAACCAGAUUGCAUAGAGGAGAAGGUACGGUGGGAUUCGAAAUGGUCGGUGAUCUGUUUGUGAACUUGGCUUUCAAAUACUUUCGGAAGGCAGUGCAGGAUGGAUAUAGGUCUGUAACAGUUUGGAUCUAGAGUGUCACCCCCUUUGAAGAGGGGGAUGACCAUGGCAGCUUUCCAAUCUCUGGGGAUCUCAGACGAUACGAAAUUGAGGUUGAACAGGCUAGUAAUAGGGGUUACAACAAUUUCGGCAGCUAAUUUUAGAAAGAAAGGGUCCAGAUUGUCUAACCCAGCUGAUUUGUAUGGUUCCAGAUUUUGCAGCUCUUUCUGAACAUCAGCUAUCUGAAUUUGGGUGAAGGAAAAGUGGGGGGGGCAUGGGCAAGUUGCAGCGGAGGGUGCAGAGCUGGUGGCCGGGGUAGGGGUAGCCAGGUGGAAAGCAUGGCCAGCCGUAGCAAAAUGCUUAUUGAAAUUCUCGAUUAUCGUGGAUUUAUCGGUGGUGAUAGUGUUUCCUAGCCUCAGUGCAGUGGGCAGCUGGGAGGAGGUGCUCUUAUUCUCCAUGGACUUUAGUGUCCCAAAACCUUUUGGAGUUAGUGCUACAGGAUGCAAAUUUCUGUUUGAAAAAGCUAGCCUUUGCUUUCCUAACUGAUUGUGUAUAUUGGUUCCUGACUUCCCUGAAUAGUUGCAUAUCGCGGGGGCUGUUCGAUGCUAAUGCAGUACGCCAGUAUGUUUUUGUGCUGGUCAAGGGCAGUCAAGUCUGGGGUGAACCAAACUAUAUCUGUUCUUAGUUCUGAAUUUUUUGAAUGGGGAAUGCAAAUUUAAGAUGGAGAGGAAAGCACUUUUAAAGAACAUCCAGGCAUCCUCUACUGACGGAAUGAGGUCAAUAUCCAUACAGGAUACCCGGGCCAGGUCAAUUAGAAAGGCCUGCUCGCUGAAGUGUUUUAGGGAGCGUUAGACAGUGAUGAGGGGUGGUUGUUUGACCGCGGGCCCAUUACGGACGCAGGCAAUGAGGCAGUGAUUGCUGAGAUACUGGUUGAAGACAGCGGAGGUGUAUUUAGAGUGUAAAUUAGUUAGGAUGAUAUCUAUGGAUUUAGGGUUGUACCUGGUAGGUUCCUUGAUAAUUUGUGUGAGAUUGAGGGCAUCUAGUUUAGAUUGUAGGACGGCCGGUGUGUUAAGCAUAUCCCAGUUUAGGUCACCAAGCAGUACGAACUCUGAGGAUCGAUGGGGUGCAAUCAAUUCACAUUUGGUGUCCAGGUCACAGCUGGGGGCUGAGGGGGGUCUGUAGCAAGCGGCAACAGUGAGAGACUUAUUUCUGGAAAGGUGGAUUUUUAGAAGUAGAAGCUCAAACUGUUUGGGCACAGACCUGGAUAGUAUGAUAGAGCUCUGCAGGCUAUCUCUACAGUAGAUUGCAACUCCGCCCCCUUUGGCAGUUCUAUCUAGACUGAAAAUGUUGUAGUUGGGGAUGGAAAUGUCUGAAUUUUUGUUGGCCUUCCUAAGCCAGGAUUCAGACACUGCUAGAACAUCAGGGUUGGCGGAGUGUGCUAACGCAGUGAAUAACUCAAACUUAGGAAGUAGACUUCUGAUAUUUAUGUGCAAGAAACCAAGGCUUUUAUGGUUACAGAAGUCAACAAAUGAUAGCGCCUGGGGAGUAGGAGUGAUACUGGGGGCUACAGGGCCUGGGUUAACCUCUACAUCACCAGAGGAACAGAGGAGGAAUAGAAUAAGGAUACGGCUAAAGGCUUUAAGAACUGGUCUUCUAGUGCGUUGGUUACAGAGAAUAAAAGGGGCAGAUGUCUGGCCGUUGUAGAAUAGAUUCAGGGCAUUAUGGACAGACAAGGAUAUGGAAGGAUAUGAGUACAGUGGAGGUAAACCUAAGCGUUGGGUAACGAUGAAUGAGAUAGCAUCACUGGAGGCACGAAUUGAGCCGGUCUCCGCGUGUAUGGGGGCUGGGACAAAGGAGCUAUCUGAGGCAGGUUGAGCAGGACUGGGGGCUCUACAGUGAAAUAGUACAAUAAGAACUAACCGAAACAGCAAUAGGCAAGGCAUAUUGACAUGGGAGAGAGGCAUAAAGCAAUCACAGGUGUUAUUCGAGAGAGCUAAGACAACAGCUGGUAAUGGCGACAAAAGUUUGGGCUGAGGCUAAACAGAUAAACAGGAUGGGGUACCGUAUAAAGGAACAGUCCAGCAGGCAUCAGCUGUGUAGCUGAGUGAUCAGGUCCAGGGAACAGCAAUAGGUGAGUCCGGGAACAGUUCGGUGGCUGCUACGGCACAGGCAAGCAGGAGGCACGGCUGUUGAUUGCGUGUGCAAGCGGCCCGGAGCUAGCAGAUGGAUCCUCGCGGUCGUCGCAACGGGAAGCACGUUGAAACCACAUCAGACGAUUACGUCGGCAGACCAGUCGUGACGGAUGGCGGGGCUCCGUGUCAACACUAGGAGGUCUCGUCCGGUUGACAGAGAGGUGGAUAGCUGGGAGAUGGGCCUGGCUCGAGGCUAGCUCAAGGCUAACUGGUGCUUGCUUCGGGACAGUGGUGAUUACCCAACAACAACAACAACAGCUAUUUGGUUGCAGCUAGCUAGUUGCGAUGAUCCAGUGUUAAGGUCCAGUGAUUCAGUGAUCCCGGCAGAAAAUCCAAUAUGCUCUGGGUCGAUAGUGCGCUGUGCAGACUGGCCGAUAAUUGUCCAGGCUAGAGCUGGCUGGUAGGUAGUGCAGGCCACGGACAACAGUGAAGACCGCUAACGGUGGCUAAUAGCAAGUAGCUAGUUAGCUGGCUAGUUUCAGCCGGAGGUUCUAGAUAAAAAGGUAUAAAGAAAUAAUAGAAUCCGUUCCGCAUUGGGUGAGGCGGGUUGCAGGAAAGUAUAUUUAGUUAAAGGAUGGAAAGUGAGAUUGAGAAAUAUAUACGAAAAAGACAAUAAAACAAAUAAAAAACAGGCUAUUUACACAAGGACACUACAGAAUACACGACUGCACUGCUACGCCAUCUUGGAAUGGUAGUCCAUUAGAUAAUCAUUAAUAAUAUGAGUAGAUAGGCUACUAUUGCAAUUAGUCAAUAUGAGUUAUUAGUGGAGGAAAUGGUAGAAUGAUGAUGAUUUACUGGGAAAGAUGGGUUGAUCUGUGGCUGUCUGAAGGUUGGAAAACACACAUGCACAGUAUACAUGUUUGAGGUCCUCCAAUCAGAGGGGAGGGUGGGGAUGUGAUUAUUGUAUGUUUUGCAUUUAGUUGUUGUUUUUUGUUAAACAACAAAGCAUAUAGUCCAUAAAGUGUCUAGUGUUCUCUCCUACAGGUGAUAGUAGACACCCCCACCAGCCCAGUCACUAGUGGCCUGCCAUUGUUCUUCGUCAUCACAGUCACAGCCAUCAAACAGGUAAGACAUGAUACUGUCUCCAUUUUGAAUUCACUGUCCCCCCCCAUAGAAAUAUACAUUACAUUUACAUUUUCGUCAUUUAGCAGACGCUCUUAUCCAGAGCGACUUACAAAUUGGUGCAUUCACCUUAUGAUAGCCAGUGGGACAACCACUUUACAAUAUGUUUUAUUUCAUUUUUUUCUCUUUGGGGUGGGGUAAGGGGGGGUAGAAGGAUUACUUUAUCCUAUUCUAGGUAUUCCUUAAAGAGGUGGGGUUUCAAGUGUCUCCGGAAGGUGGUCAGUGACUCUGCUGUCCUGGCUUCAUGAGGUAGAUUGUUCCACCAUUGGGGUGCCAGAGCAGCGAACAGUUCUGUCUGGGCUGAGCGGGAACUGUGCUUCCGCAGAGGUAGGGGGGCCAGCAGGCCAGAGGUGGAUGAACGCAAUGCCCUCGUUUGGGUGUAGGGACUGAUCAGAGCCUGAAGGUACGGAGGUGCUGUUCCCCUCACAGCUCCGUAGGCAAGCACCAUGGUCUUGUAGCAGAUGCGAGCUUCAACUGGAAGCCAGUGGAGUGAGCGGGGUGACGUGAGAGAACUUGGGAAGGUUGAACACCAGACGGGCUGCGGCGUUCUGGAUGAGUUGUAGGGGUUUAAUGGCACAGGCAGGGAGCCCAGCCAACAGCGAGUUGCAGUAAUGCAGACGGGAGAUGACAAGUGCCUGGAUUAGGACCUGUGACGCUUCCUGUGUAAGGCAGGGUCGUACUCUGCGAAUGUUGUAGAGCAUGAACCUACAGGAUCGGUUCACCGCCUUGAUGUUAGCGGAGAACGACAGGGUGUUGUCCAGGGUCACGCCAAGGUUCUUCGCACUCUGGGAAGAGGACACAACGGAGUUGUCAACCGUGAUGGCGAGAUCAUGGAACGGGAGGAAGAGCAGGUCCGUCUUGCCGAGGUUCAGCUUGAGGUGGUGAUCCGUCAUCCACACUGAUAUGUCUGCCAGACAUGCAGAGAUGCGAUUCGCCACCUGGUUAUCAGAAGGGGGAAAGGAGAAUAUUAAUUGUGUGUCGUCUGCGUAGCAAUGAUAGGAGAGGCCAUGUGAGGAUAUGACCGAGCCAAGUGACUUGGUGUAUAGCGAGAAUAGGAGAGGGCCUAGAACUGAGCCCUGGGGGACACCAGUGGUGAGAGCACGUGGUGCGGAGACAGAUUCUCGCCACGACACCUGGUAGGAGCGACCUGUCAGGUAGGACGCAAUCCAAGAGUGAGCCGCGCCGGAGAUGCCCUACUUGGAGAGGGUGGAGAGGAGGAUCUGAUGGUUCACAGUAUCAAAGGCAGCAGAUAGGUCUAGAAGGACGAGAGCAGAGGAGAGCGAGUUAGCUUUAGCAGUGCGGAGAGCCUCCAUGACACAGAGAAGCGCAGUCUCAGUUGAAUGACCAGUCUUGAAACCUGGGUGUAUAAUAUAAUGAUAUAAAUAUAAUGAUUACUAGAAUGGACAUACCCAUUCUAAAGGGGCUUUUCACAUUCUACAAAUUCUAUUUCUAUGGUCCCCUCAAAGCCUCUCUAUGCAUCUCUCCACCACCUCUCUUCUUCCACGUUUUUAAUUAACUACCUUUCCUUUAAAAGUGUAUAUUUUGGGGGGUGAAAUAUUGAAUCAUUUAAAAUGCUUUAUAAUUUUUUUGUCACAGCCAAAGUAACGCUGGCUGUGCGGGUCAAUGCCGAAAAAAAUGGUUGUCUGGAGAACAUGACCGAAUGGUGUGAUAGUCUCUGGUAUAUUGUCUCUUUUUCUGCUGCAGCUGUGUCCAAGCUUUUAGAUGUAUUGUUUUAGGGAUUGGCUUUUCUGGUGGCCUGCUGCUAGGGCUUUUUGAAAUGCACAAUGGAGGGUGUACUUCCUUCCAAAAAUAUAUGGGACACAUUGAUAGCAGCUAGCGAUGCUGCUGCCUUUAUCCAGGCUUUGAAGUGGGACAACAGGGGUGGCUCUCUGUAGACUGGGCGAGGUGAGCACAGCCAUGCAGUCAGUCCCUUACUAAAAGGACACGUGUGUGUGUGUGUGUCUCUCUCUCUCCCUCCCCUCCUCCAUCUCUCUCAGGGCUAUGAGGACUGGCUGCGGCACAAGGCAGACAAUGAGGUGAAUAAGUACCUGGUGACGGUGCUGGAGGACGGCCGGAGCGCACGCAAGGAGAGCGAGAAGAUCAAGGUACCGUUCAGCAAGCUGCGCCUCGGCCAAGUUCCCCGUAAAUAAAUAUCCCCUUGGGGACGGAGAGGUAGUUGGCAUCUUGGCAUGUUCAAGUGUUUUUGAUGGUGUUGCUGCACUGUACCGUAUGGUAAUCCAAAGUAGGUAAUGCGGAAUUAAGGAAGUUGAUGUUAUUUCAGUCAUGUAUAGAGUUACAAUGCUUUUAUGGCCCAAUCCCAAAUUGACCUCUAGACCUCCCUAUGCACAUUGCAACUGUGGAGAACUGAGCGGAUUUGACAGGUAUAAGCAAUUUGGUAACUGCUCCACCUUUCCCUCUGAUAGGCUAGGACGUGGAAGUUUCACCAUUGCUUAUACCAACCCAAUCCUCUCAGACAUUCACAUGUGCAUAGGGACUUUGGGUGGAUUUGGGAUGGGCCUCUCUUCUAUGUUCCUGACGUAUUCUAUGUUGUUCCUCUAGGUUGGUGAUGUGGUGGAGGUGGUGGAGGAUGAGACAUUUCCCUGUGACCUCAUCCUGCUGCAGUCCAGCCGGGAGGACGAGACCUGCUUUGUCACCACGGCCAGUCUGGACGGGGAGUCCAACCACAAGGUGGAGUGCUGCUACAGUAACGUGGCUCAUGGUGUCAUUAAGACGUAUCAUCAUGGCAGACGUGUGGUCUGUGGGGGUAUGGCAUCGCUUUCAAUCUGCCAUCACUCCCUUCCUCUCCUCUUCUAAAUCCAUCAGUUUGGCACAUGCUUUGUAAACAACCGGUGUAGACUAACAGUGAAAUUCUUACUUAUGGGUACAUUUCCAACAAUGCAGAGUAAAAAAGAUUAUAGACAUGGGGCCACGAAGCCGUCAUACCUCUCAGGAAGGAGACGCGAUCGGUCUCCUAGAGAUGAACGUACUUUGGUGUGAAAAGUGCAAAUCAAUCCCAGAGCAACAGCAAAGGACCUUGUGAAGAUGCUGGAGGAAACGGGUGCAAAAGUAUCUAUAUCCACAUAACCUGAAAGGCCGCUCAGCAAGGAAGAAGCCACUGCUCCAAAACCGUCAUAAAAAAGCCAGACUACGGUUUGCAACUGCACAUGGGGACAAAGAUCGUACUUUUUGGAGAAAUGUACUCUGGUCUGAUGAAACAAAAAUAGAACUGUUUGGCCAUAAUGACCAUCGUUAUGUUUGGAGGAAAAAGGGGGACGCGUGCAAGCCCAAGAUCACCAUCCCAAUCAUGAAGCACGGGGGUGGAAGCAUCAUGCUGUGGGGGUGCUUUGCUGCAGGAGGGUCUGGUGCAAUUCACAAAAUAGAUGGCAUCAUGAAGAAGGAAAAUUAUGUGGAUAUAUUGAAGCAACAUCUCAAGACAUCAGUCAGGAAGUUAAAGCUUGGUCGCAAAUGGGUCUUCCAAAUGGACAAUGAUACCAAGCAUACUUCCAAAGUUGUAGCAAAAUGGCUUAAGGACAACAAAGUCAAGGAAUUGGAGUGGCCAUCACAAAGCCCUGACCUCAAACCUAUAGAAAUUUGGUGGGCAGAACUGAAAAAGCGUGUGCGAGCAAGGAGGCCUACAAACCUGACUCAGUUACACCAGCUCUGUCAGGAGGAAUGGGCCAAAAUUCACCCAACUUAUUGUGGGAAGCUUGUGGAAGGCUACCCGAAACAACAUUUGACCCAAGUGAAACAAUUUAAAGGCAUUGCUACCAAAUACUUUAAUAUGUAAACUUCUGACCCACUGGGAAUGUGAUGAAAGAAAGAAAGUUGAAAUAAAAUAAUUCUCUCUACUAUUAUUCUGACAUUUCACAUUCUUAAAAUAAAGUGGUGAUCCUAACUGACCUAAGACAGGGAAUUGUUACUAGGAUUAAAUGUCAGGAAUUGUGAAAAACUGAGUUUAAAUGUAUUUGGCUAAGGUGUAUGUAAACUUCCGACUUCAACUGUGUAUGUGUGUGUGUGUGUGUGUGUGUGUGUGUGUGUGUGUGUGUGUGUGUAUGUGUUGCGGCGAUGACCUGAAAUAUAAUAUAUAUAAUAUAAUAAUAUAAUAUAAUAUAAUAUAAUAAUAUAAUAUAAUAUGCCAUUUAGCAGACGCUUUUAUCCAAAGCGACUUACAGUCAUGCGUGCAUACAUUUUUUUUUUUUGUGUAUGGGUGGUCCCGGGGAUCGAACCCACUACCUUGGCGUUACAAGCGCCGUGCUCAACCAGCUGAGCUACAGAGGACCACAUAAUGACCACCACAAUAGUCAGCACUCACUCCUCUCUCUCUCUCGCUUUCUCUCUCAGACCCACUACACAGUGCUAGCCACAGAGCAGGACCUGGAGUCUCUCAGCGCCACCAUGGAGUGCGAGCAGCCGCAGCCUGACCUCUACAAGUAGGCUCUGUCCUCACAUGUUCCUCACCCAGAGAUCUGAUAGUAGCAGUGAUGAUCUAGGAUCAGGUCUCCCCCAGUCUAUACAAUGAUGAUCUAAAAGCUAAUACUGAUCAUAGAUCAGCACUUCUACUCCGAGAGGCUUUAUGAAUACGGUCCCUUGACUGUAAAAACAUGUGCACACUGAUUUGUUAGGUGUAGGGUUUUGUCAUUUUAAUCAACUGUCAAUCGGGAAUGCCCUGAUGACAUUUUAUUAGCAACAGUGUCAUUAAGUAGAGUGUUGGCAGGCUAUAAGCUUUCUAGCUCUCUGACAGGUUCGUAUUAGUGAUGUUGGACUGUUAGGAAACCUGAUUUGUGGAAGAGACUGGCAAGGAUUUGAAGGGAAAAGUUCAGUUCAAUUUGGCUCGUGAGACCUAGUGGUUUGGCGCCACCUAUGGCCAAGGAGCAUCCAUUACAGUACAGUUGGGCGCCAUACAUCAGAGUGAUGUUUCAGACAGCCUAAGGAACUGAAGACAUCCAGAUGCUGCUCCUUUUCACAAUCAAUAAAACAGAGUUGUAGUGCCAGCGUGCUGUCGGACAAACCACCAGUCAUUAGCUCGCUCUUAAUUGGUGCAGUCUAUGCAAAGUCCUGGUGAUCAGCAUAUGGCGUUGUGAUAGUUUUACAUCUGACUAGUUCCUGUGCUGCAGAUAGUAUUAGUCAUCAGUGUGUGUUUCUGUCUAAUAUCAGAAAAUAUUCAGAUUGACCAUUUCUUGCCCAUUACACAAUUGAUUCAAUUCAGGUCCAUCGUGAGAUGAAUCAGGAGAGGUCAAAUAGAAAAACUGCUAUUGGGUAGUGCAUUCAUGAGGGUUUGUGUUUCUACAGGUUUGUGGGGCGUAUGCACAUCUACAGGAAUGACCAGGAGCCUGCUGUGAGGUAAGCGUGCUCGCCAGUCCCCUAUCAGUUCCUCUCAGCCCUAGUUACCCCUCCUCCUGUACCUCAGUCCCCCCCCCCCCCCCCAAAAAAAAAACCACAGUCGUUUAAGCACUCAUGUCUUUUUCUUUGUACAACCAUCAAAACAUUAUUUAAUUGAUCCAUAACUCCAAACAAGCAUUAAAGUAAAGCUGGACCUGGCACAGACUCAGGGCAGCGCUUCGAAAGUGCUCUCUGAAGCAUUUGUCACAGGCUCGCUUUGUAAUCGUCUUAUAAAAGAUGUCGUUCUGUGUCCUUCACAAGAACAUUUGGGGCAGAGUAGACUUUAACUCAGACUGCAGUUAUCCAUUGAUAGUAUUAGGCAGUUAAGAGCAAGUGCUAGUGUCCGCUAUAAGAAAAGGAAGGGGUACUGUCUUGGUGUUUUAGAGAAGGUUUGUGACUUUAUUUGAUCUUUGUGUGGUGUUCCUCAGAUCUUUGGGUCCAGAGAAUCUCCUCCUGAAAGGCGCUACCUUGAAGAAUACUCAGAAGAUUUAUGGUGAUGCAAUUGUUUAAUGCAAAUGAGGGUCUGAAUGAUCCCCAGUGCUGGUGUCAGUAUGUGAUCCUGACCAACGCUCGCUCUCUCUCUCCUUCUUCUUCUAGGAGUGGCAGUGUACUCUGGCAUGGAAACCAAAAUGGCUCUGAACUACCAGGGGAAGUCCCAGAAGCGCUCUGUGGUGGAGAAGUAAGGGCGGGCAAAGAGAAUUAGAGAAAAGGACAAUCCGUUGUGUAAAUGAGGGGCUAUAAUUGUGGUUUAGCCACAGGGGAACAAAGCAGUGUUGUAGUACUCGAGACCGGUCUCAAGACCACAUAGCGUCUCGGUGUCGGAUACAUUUGUACUCUGUCUUGACUCGGUCUCGAACAGUGAGGACUUGUAAUUUCUUCCCGAGACCAGCUGAGUAAAAAAACGGAUAAUUGUCAGCGCAUAAAACCGCUUUGCCAGGCCAAAUGUAUGUAUGUAUGUAUAUAUAUAUAUAUAUAGUUAGUAUCUCACAAGUGAGUACACCCCUCACAUUUUUGUAAAUAUGACUAUAUAUUUUCAUGUGACAUCUCUGAAGAAAUGACACUUUGCUACAAUGUAAAGUAGUGAGUGUACAGCUUGUAUUACAGUGUACAUUUGCUGUCCCCUCAAAAUAACUCAACACACAGCCAUUAAUGUCUAAACCGCUGGCAACAAAAGUGAGUACACCCCUAAGUGAAAAUGUCCAAAUUAGUCAUUUUCCCUCCCCGGUGUCAUGUGACUCGUUAGUGUUACAAGGUCUCAGGUGUGAAUGGGGAGUAGGUGUGUUACAUUUGGUGUCAUCGCUCUCACACUCCCUCAUACUGGUCACUGGAAGGUCAACAUUGAACCUCAUGGCAAAGAACUCUCUGAGGAUUGAAAAAAAGAAUUGUUGCUCUACAUAAAGAUGGCCUGGGCUAUAAGAAGAUUGCCAAGACCCUGAAACUGACCUGCAGCACGGUGGCCAAGACCAUACAGCGGUUUAACAGGACAGGUUCCACUCAGAACAGGCCUCGCCAUGGUCGACCAAAGAAGUUGAGUGCACGUACUCAGCAUCAUAUCCAGAGGUUGUCUUUGGGAAAUAGACGUAUCAUUGCUGCAGAGGUUGAAGGGGUGGGGGGUCAGCCUGUCAGUGCUCAGACAUACGCCGCACACUGCAUCAAAUUGGUCUGCAUGGCUGUCGUCCCAGAAGGAAGCCUCUUCUAAAGAUGAUGCACAAGAAAGCCCGCAAACAGUUUGCUGAAGACAAGCAGACUAAGGACAUGGAUUACUGGAACCAUGUCCUGUGGUCUGAUGAGACCAAGAAACUUAUUUGGUUCAGAUGGUGUCAAGCGUGUGUGGCGGUAACUAGGUGAGGAGUACAAAGACAAGUGUGUCUUGCCUACAGUCAAGCGUGGUGGGAGUGUCAUGGUCUGGGGCUGCAUGAGUGCUGCCGGCACUGGGGAGCUACAGUUCAUUGAGGGAACCAUGAAUGCCAACAUGUACUGUGACAUACUGAAGCAGAGCAUGAUCCCCUCCCUUCAGAGACUGGGCCGCAGGGCAGUAUUCCAACAUGAUAAUGACCCCAAACACACCUCCAAGACGACCACUGCCUUGCUAAAGAAGCUGAGGGUAAAGGUGAUGGACUGGCCAAGCAUGUCUCCAGACCUAAACCCUAUUGAGUAUCUGUGGGGCAUCCUCAAACGGAAGGUGGAGGAGUACAAGGUCUCUAACAUCCACCAGCUCCGUGAUGUCGUCAUGGAGGAGUGGAAGAGGACUCCAGUGGCAACCUGUGAAGCUCUGGUGAACUCCAUGCCCAAGAGGGUUAAGGCAGUGCUGGAAAAUGAUGGUGGCCACACAAAAUAUUGACACUUUGGGCCCAAUUUGGACAUUUUCACUUAGGGGUGUACUCACUUUUGUUGCCAGCGGUUUAGACAUUAAUGGCUGUGUGUUGAGUUAUUUUGAGGGGACAGCAAAUGUACACUGUAAUACAAGCUGUACACUCACUACUUUACGUUGUAGCAAAGUGUCAUUUCUUCAGUGUUGUCACAUGAAAAGAUAUACUCAAAUAUUUACAAAAAUGUGAGGGGGUUUACUCACUUUUGUGAGAUACUGUAUAUAUACUCCUUUUUUGAAACAUUAAUAGAGUAUCUUAACAGCUUUUAUAUCUAUUAUAGACAUGUUUGUUUCCCACGGGGGGCCAGUAUGAAAAUGUAUGCACUCACUAACUGUAAGUCGCUCUGGAUAAGAGUAAAAAUGUAAAUGUUUGCGCAGUGGCGAACCUAUAGGCCUUCAGUGUGUGACAGGUUCGUGAUUCUGAACGGACAACAACCGUAAUACUAGCGCACUCAUGUAGGAGUACACUUUUUGUAAAACACAAAGGUCCAGUGGUGUAGUGGAGGGUAUACGCAGGUAUAAGCCGUAUACCCACUUUUUCAGUGGGCAUUGCGUAUACUCACUUCUUAAUCCCUACUGAUGCGUAUCAAAGUAGUGUAGUGGAGGUAUACGGCUUAUCAAUUAUGUAGUACAAUAGAGAAAUCAUGCACAAAGUAGCCUACACAAUCGCAAAGCAUGUGAAAUAUAUUCACAUGCACGCCCCAUAUCAUCUGCAGGCAGCAAAUGUGCAGCUCUCAACUGGUUUUGGCAUGGAGCAGCUCACAGAAGAAUGACGCCGGUAGAGUAGGGAAGACGUUUCAACUUGUAUCUACCAGCAAAUGCUAAUUAAGGCAACAAUGGGUAUGCAAACCAGGUAUUCAAAAAGUUUAGUCUGAAGUGUUGAUUAGUAGGUUAUUUGUGAUGCGCAAUUGUCAUCAUGCACUGUUUGCAUCAGGGGCGUAGACAUGGAUGGGCCUGGGUGGACAGAGGCCCACCCAUUGGGGAGCCAGGCCCUGCCAGGCCCACCCAAUCAGAUUGAUUUGGUUUAAGCAUUGUUGUGAAUUUAGACCAUCAAUUCAGUUUUGUAUUUGUUUUAUUACAAUAAAAGUGUGAUUGAGAGUGAAGAUCUAUAGGAAAACUCAUAACAAACAUAGGAAAACAGGAUUUUUCACACAGGGUGCCUUUCCUUCAUUAAGUGGGCCCUUGGGAACUUUUUGGCAAGAUUUGAGUAAACCAGGCACCACUACACCACGGCAUAGGGUCAAUGGAACGCGAGCAGUCACAUACAGCAUGAUGUUAAAGCAGGGGUGUCAAACUCAUUUUAGCUCAGGGGCCACAUGGAGGAAAAUCUAUUCCCAAGUGGGCCGGACCGGAAAAAUCAUGGUAUAUAUAACUUAAAAACAACAACUUCAGAUUGUUUUCUUUGUUUUAAUACGAUCAACAUACAACAUAAAGCUGGAGCCUGAGGACAGUGUGUCCAAAAUAGUACAAGCACAACAUCACUAUUAAUCAUAAAACACGUCAAGUUUAUUAGAAAAUUCUAAAGAAAAAGAACACACAAACACACAAUGCCUCAGUGAUUAACAGAACUGUUUCACAGAUCACAGAACUAUAUCAGGGUGUCAUUUCUUAGGCAGAAAUGUAGAUAAAAAUAAUGAAAUCCUGUUCCCCAAACAAGUGCAAGAACCACAGAGUCAAGAAUAGGUUAAAUAUACAAAUAAAAUAAAAUCAAUUAAAAACAAUAGCACAUCAACAUAAAAACAUAUAAACAUAAAGCUGGAGCCUGAGGACAGUGUCCAAAAGCACAACAUCACUAUUAAUCAUAAAACACCUCAAGUUAUUUCAAAGUUCUGAGGACAAAAAACACACAAUGCCUCAGUGAUUCACAGAAGUAUAUCACAGAUCACAGAACUAUAUCAGGGUGUCAUUUCUCAGGCAGAAAUGUAGAUAAAAAUAAUGAAAUCCUGUUCCCCAAACAAGUGCAAGAACCACAGAGUCAAGAAUAGGUUAAAUUUACAAAUACAAUUAAAUAAAUUAAAAACAAUAGCACAUCAACAUAAAAACAUAUAAACAUAAAUCUGAAAGCGUUGCUCAAACUCCCGUAACAGUCCCGUUAUUUUAUCUUUGAACCGCUUCAUGUCUGCCACAUGUUGGGUCGCGCACACAUUUUUCAGACAGGGGAAGUGAGCUGCAUCACCACCGGCAAGUUGCGUCUCCCACAAUGACAGCUUCAACUUGAAAGAACGUAUGCUGUCAUAAUACUGCGUGACAACUUUGUUGCGCCCUUGCAGCUGUUUGUUCAAGUUAUUCAGGUGCUCUGUAACAUCCACCAUAAAUGCAAGGUCCUGCAUCCAUUCUGCGGAAUGAAAUUCUAACACUGGUUUGCCCUUUUCUUCCAUGAACUGUUCAAUUUCUUCUCGUAAAUCAAAGAAACGCCUCAGCACAGCACCUCGGCUUAACAAUCUUACCUCAGUGUGGUAUGGCAGGCCAUAGAUGUGGUCUUUCUCUCUGAGAAGGCUGUCAAACUGACGGUGAUUCAGGCUUCUGGAUCGGAUGAAAUUAACAGUUUGGAUGACCACCUUCAUGACGUUAUCCAUCUUUAAUGACUUGCAACACAAAGCCUCCUGGUGCAAAAUACAGUGAAAAGUCAAAAAAUCACGUCCUCCAUUUGCAGAUUGCACUUUCUCUCUGAACUUUGUCACAACGCCUGCUUUUUUCCCGAUCAUUGAGGGCGCACCAUCUGUAGCCAGGCUGACAGCGCGGGACCAGUCCACUCCGACCCUGUCCAGCGCGCCGACGAGUGCGGUAAAAAUAUCAGCUGCUGUCGUUGUAUCUGUCAUCGGCACCAACUCCACGAACUCCUCGGUGACGGUCAAUGUGUCAUCAACUCCGCGGAUGAAAAAAUGGCCAGUUGUGCAACAUCUGUAAUGUCCGUGCUUUCAUCAAUUGCAACCGAAAACGCAAUAAAUGACUUUACUUUUUGCUUCAACUGGCUGUCCAAAUCCACUGAAAGAUCGGAAAUCCUGUCUGCAACUGUGUUUCUUGUCAGGCUGAUAUUUGCAAAAGCCUGCCGCUUUUCAGGGCACACAAUCUCCGCUGCCUUCAUCAUGCAUGUUUUUACAAAUUCACCCUCACUAAAUGGUUUUGAAGCCACUGCGAUUUCAUUAGCAAUGAGGUAGCUAGCUUUCACUGCAGCGUCACUGAUGUCUCGGCUGUGAGUAAACACAGACUGCUGUUUCUUCAGACCCGCCAACAGUUCAUUCACCUUCUCUCAUCUCCGCUGUCCUUGAAAGUUGUCAUAUUUGUCGGCAUGAAGACUCACAUAGUGGCGACGAAGGUUAUAUUCUUUCAGCACUGCAACAUGAUCUGAACACACCAAACAUACAGCUUUCCCAUUCAAUUCCGUGAUUAAAUAGGAUGACCAUUUUUCUUGGAACACUCUGCACUCUGCGUCCACUUUUCUCUUUUUUGACAGAGACAUAUUGGGGCAAUGAGGGUGCCAAAGCACAUAAUGUUAAAAGUAGAAGCCGUAAUAAAUAUCGCGGGCAAAACAAAGUAGCUCAUUGGCUGCACGUGCUUGACCUACUUGCUCUGCCCCGGUAUAAACAGUUUGCUUGCUUAACACAAUUGCUAUUGCGCCAUCCAGUGGACGCAAUUGGAACAGCAGUUUAUUUUAUUGAAAAAUUGCAGCGCAUUUUUAUACUUGAAAAAAAUAUAUAUUUUUUUUUAUUUUUUUUUAUUUUUUCUAAAUCAUCUCGCGGGCCGGAUUAAACCCGUUUGCGGGCCUGAUCCGGCCCGCGGGCCGUACGUUUGACACCCCUGUGUUAAAGGAUAAGCAGUCCAUAAACUCGGACAUAAUAAGCAAGUAGGUCCCAAUCAUAAGAAUACAAAAACACAACCAUUAUUAUAAUUUUACAACUAUUACUUCCCAUUGCAAAAAACGUUUCACGUUAAGCACAGAAAGUAACCGGUGACCUAAAGGUUAAACAGCGUUUUAACUACUUUGCAGAUAUGAAACAAACAUACAAUCAAUAUCAGUCAAAAAUAUAAAAUUCCCAGUUUAUGCUACAAAAGCAACUUUAUAAGAGGUUUUAAAAGUAUGUUCUAUUUGACUCAAAGUUCAAUAACGUACACAUUGUUGGCAGAAUAGAUGGAUGCAGUUCAAUGCAUGAUUAAUAUAAUUCACCAAUACAUUUCUUCGUAGUGCAAAAAAUAUUGCUAUCAGGUUGUAAAUCAGAGCUGGCCUGGUACAUUGUUUGCUGCCUCUGUUCAGGAUGCACUGUUUCAGUUUCAAUGACUCAAUAUUCUGGACAAAAACAGAUGAAUGUAACUAAGGCUGGUAAUGUCAAUACAAUCAAACUAGCAAGGGCAAUGAUCACAAGUCAGUCAUAACAUGGCUAAUAGGCUAGUGUAUCUAUUUAUGUAGAAAGCUAAAAACACGUAGCCUAACGUUAGCUAGCUAGGAGGAUGUCAUGCCAUUGGAGGAGUGGAUGGCUAUACACAGCUAGAGAUGCAGGUGUCAUUUGGUUAGCUAGAAAGAACUUGAACAACUGUUAUCCAGUUAGCAUAUCUCUUACAGUCGCAAAUUCACUCUGGCUAUCUACUCCGAUUUCAGAGCACUCUCGUCUGAGUGUACCAGAGUGCAGAACAAGUUAUACAUUUACGAACGCGCAACACCCGCUGAAUAUGUCAGUAAACGUAGACAAAAAAGUUAUAGUUAGUCAAGAAUGCUCUAGGUGAGUAAAAUGGUCAGUGAGGUGUUCUCUCAUUUGUGUCUGGAAGUAGCAAGCUAGCCAACAUUAGCCAGUUAGCAGGCAAGCUGCAGAAGGACGAGGAGUGUACAAUUCCCCAUUGUUUAUCAGUUCAAUUUUGAUGACCAACUAGCUGAAAAAGAUUGAGGGUUAUCUUAUGUUCCUUCGUUAAGAGUUUCUCUCAUCUUGCUCUGGGUAGCAUUAGUUGAUCUUGUUGUUGAUGUGCGUAACUGAGGGAGAGAGAGCCUACCUUUUCAUGUUCGUUUGAUCAAUAGGACUGUAAAGUUCCCAAAUGUAAGCGGACUCCCAUGGUGUUUACAUAUUUGCAAAAAUCCGUUGAUGUUUUUUGUGGCUUUUGUCGACUGCGUUCUAAUGAUCCAAAGUCGCGCUGUUGUGACUGCCUGUAAACACACAGUCCUGUUCAAAGUAUUUGAUGGAAGGCCCGUGUGGCUUGUUUGUAUAAAGGCCUACUGUAGCUCUGAUUGGCUAUAGCGCACCGGUCUGUGUAGACUCCGGUCCUGGACAAGACAAUGUUUUCAUUCAGUUUUAUUUACAGCAGUGUCUAUUAAUUGUCCAAACGCACGGCCACUUUCCCACUCUAUAUUGCUAUAGAAUUUUCACAAAUCCCUUAGUAUACGUAAUUCCCAAACAUUCUAAGAAUUUAUGAAAAUGACCAUAUCAACAGUAAGUGGUCGCUUGUCAUUCUUCCUGGGGGUGUACACUAACGUUCAAAAGUUUGGGGUCACUUAGAAAUGUCCUUGUUUUCGAAAGAAAAGCAAUUUUUUGGUCCAUUACAAUAACAUCAAAUUGAUCAGAAAUACAGUGUAGACAUUGUUAAUGUUGUAAAUGGCUAUUGUAGCUGGAAACGGCUGAUUUUUAAUGGAAUAUCUACAUAGGCGUACAGAGGCCCAUUAUCAACAACCAUCAGUCCUGUGUUCCAAUGGCAUGUUGUGUUUGCUAAUCCAAGUUUAUCAUUUUAAAAGGCUAAUUGAUCAUUAGAAAACCCUUUUGCAAUUAUGUUAGCACAGCUGAAAACUGUUGUGCUGAUUUAAAGAAGCAAUAAAACUGGCCUUCUUGAGACUAGUUGAGUAUCUGGAGCAUCAGCAAUUGUGGGUUCGAUUACAGGCUCAAAAUGGACAGAAACAAAUAACUUUCUUCUGAAACUCGUCAGUCUAUUCUUGUUCUGAGAAAUUAAGGCUAUUCCAUGCAAGAAAUUGCCAAGAAACUGAAGAUCUCGUACAACGCUGUGUACUACUCCCUUCACAGAACAGCGCAAACUGUCUCUAACCAGAAUAGAAAGAGGAGUGGGAGGCCCCGGUGCGCAACUGAGCAAGAGGACAAAUACAUUAUUGUCUAGUUUGAGAAACUGGCGCCUCACAGGUCCUCAACUGGCAUCUUCAUUAAAUAGUACCCACAAAACACCAGUCUCAACGUCAACAGUGAAGAGGCGACUCCGGGAUGCUGACCUUCUAGGCAGAGUUGCAAAGAAAAAGCCAUAUCUCAGACUGGACAAUAAAAAGAAAAGAUUAAGAUGGGCAAGAGAACACUGGACAUUUUCUUUGCAACUCUGCCUAGAAGGUCAGCAUCCCGGAGUCGACUCUUUACUGUUGACGUUGAGACUGGUGUUUUGCGGGUACUAUUUAAUGAAGCUGAAAUGUUCCGUAUUGACUGACCUUCAUGUCUUAAAGUAAUGAUGGACUGUAGUUUCUCUUUGCUUAUUUGAGCUGUUCUUGCCAUAAUAUGGACUUGGUCUUUUACCAAAUAGGGCUAUUUUCUGUAUACCCCCCCCCUACCUUGUCACAACACAACUGAUUGACUCAAACUCAUUAAGAGGGAAAGAAAUUCCACAAAUGAACUUUCAAGGAACACCUGUUAAUUGAAAUGCAUUCCAGGUGACUACCUAAUAAAGCUGGUUGAGAAUGCCAAGAGUGUGCAAAACUUUCAUCAAGGCAAAGGGUGGCUAUUUGAAUAAUCUCAAAUAUAUUUAGAUUUUGUUUAACACUUUUUUUGGUUAUUUCAUAGUUUUGAUGUCAUCACUGUUAUUCUCCAAUGUGAAAAAUAGUACAAAUAAAGAAAACCCUUUGAAUGAGUAGGUGUGUCCAAACUUUUGACUGGUAGUGUAUAUUUUCAGUGUUGCUAAUGGAAGUUGGGUUGUUAAUACUCGUGUUUCAGGUCUAUCAAUGCCUUCCUGCUGGUGUACCUGUGCAUCCUGGUGAGCAAGGCCCUGGUGUGCACCACGCUCAAGUACGUGUGGCAGAGCCGACCAGGCCAGGAAGAGCCCUGGUACAACCAGAAGACGCAGAAGGAGAAAGAUGCCAACCUGGUGAGGCCUUCACUCAGCUAAAAAUACUUUAAACACAGAGAAAUACAGUUUAGCACCGUAUAAUGCUCUCUGCUGACCGCAGUCAGUCUCAAAUGCAACUUAAUGCCUUAUGUUGAGCCUUUUAGGCACAGUUCAUUGACCCAGAGUCACAUUACACCAAUGGCUUCUAACACUGCAUUAUACAAGUGUGUUUUUUCUCCAAGGACACUCCAGUUUGUGGAAGUGUGUUUUAACACUGUUCCCUGUGUUCACCCCUCUCUCUCCCCCAGGACCUAAAGAUGUUUACUGACUUCCUGUUUGAUCUGUGUAUUUUAACCACAUUUCCUUUUUGUUCCCUCCUCUCUCCCCCAGUACCUGAAUAUGUUUACUGACUUCCUGUCGUUCAUGGUGCUGUUCAACUUCAUCAUCCCCGUGUCCAUGUACGUGACGGUGGAGAUGCAGAAGUUCCUGGGCUCCUUCUUCAUCUCCUGGGACAAGGACUUCUUCGACCCUGAGAUCCAGGAAGGGGCUCUGGUCAACACCUCUGACCUCAACGAGGAGCUAGGACAGGUCAGGGGUUAAAGUUAUGGAACCAACCUAACGUUGAUAAGCCCCAUAACCACUCUCCCAAAGGAGCUAGUAUUCUUCGGUCAUCGCAUAUUCCCACCAAAUUGCUGAAGAUAGUUGGCCAGAUAUCCACCCUGUUUGAAUACUUGAUGCAUCAUUCCUUUCUCCUUUUCUUUAAGUAAUCACUUAUCUUAAAUGACUGGAUUUGUGUACUGCAAUGGAACUCUCAGUUACCCAGUCAUGUUAGAUCAGUGAUUACCUCAAAGGGAAGAGGGUAAUUGGAGAUUCAUUUUAGUAUUCAAACGAGGCCGUAGGUUUAUUAGAGGUCUAGGGCCUCUUUGCCCUCAGCCCCAGUCUUUGGUGGAGUGAUGGCCCUAAACCCACAUGAACAACUCCUCAAAUUUCAGAAUAUGAAAUGGUCUAACUGGUCUUAAUAUUCCUUGAUUGGCUGUGCCUUCCCGACUCCAACCUCCAUCUCAAACAGUGGCGUCGUAGAUCAGUCACGGUUGGUUUGCCAGAUGAUUACUUCAAUUAAAGAUGACGCUUGGUAAACUAGAUUUAUGCGGUGUAACUCUGUCAGGGAUUAAUUGCCCAUUCUUAUUGUUUACAGCCGUUAAUUGCGCGAAGUGUUUUUUUUUUUACGACCCUUCCUUUCCAUUACGCCAAUUUCUUCCAACUGAAACUUGUUUUAUUUACAAAACGUUCUGUUUUGCAACUGUUUGGACUAAUGAGUACACCCCGAUUCACACUAUAGGUCCGAACCUGAAUAGUACUGUGCUGGCGCAGAUAUUUUCUAUUCACAUUGUCCUCUCCAGCAUGGUUCCAGGAACUAUGGUAGAUGCCCAUCCAGGUCAGCCCAGUACAGAUUGGCUUGGCUUGGUUUGGCUCUGUAGUGUGGUUCUAUGAAAAGCUAGCUGACAUUUACUCCUGAGAUGACCUGUUGCACCCUCUACAACCACUGUGAUUAUUAUUUGACCCUGCUGGUCAUCUAUGAACAUCUUGAAGAACGAUCUGGCCUUAAUGGCCAUGUACUCUUAUCUCCACCCGGCACAGCCAGAAGAGGACUGGCCACCCCUGAGCCUGGUUCCUCUCUAGGUUUCUUCCUAGGUUCCAGCCUUUCUAGAGAGUUUUUCCUAGCCACAGUGCUUCUACAUCUGCAUUGCUUGCUGUUUGGGGUUUUAGGCUGGGUUUCUGUAUAAGCACUUUGUGACAUCUGCUGAUGUAAAAAGGACUUUAUAAAUACAUUUGAUUGUGUGAAAAGGAUAUUUGUCUGACCCUGCAGUUUCACCGUGUCCUUUAGGUGGAGUAUGUCUUCACGGACAAGACGGGCACUCUCACCCAGAACAGCAUGGAGUUCAUCGAGUGCUGCAUCGACGGCUUCCAGUACAAGUACCGUGACUUGAGUACCGAGCUGGACGGCUUCUGUGUCACAGAUGGAACCGUGAGCAUGCUGCAGGAGAAGGCUGGCAGGGUGGGUGAAUGACUGGUUAUCUGCCCCCCCUCAUCACUGUGCCAGUUAGGCAUGCCAACAUAUGGGCAUCAGAAGGCCCAGUGUGAUGGUGGAAUCAGAGGUCACCUGACAGAAUAACAAGCAUCACACGUGACCUUCUAACAACCUGUGACAGAUCCAGUGUGAUUAAUGGGACCAGCAGUUUGUACUCAAUGGCUGUUUUCCUCUAUUAACGUACCUGUGUCAUUGAAUCCCAUAGAGACAGAGGUUGUUAGGUAGUUUAAUAAUGUAAGCUGUUACUAUGCCAUAUAAAAGUACAUACCAGUGGUGUAUUCAUUCUAACAUUCAUUGCACACUGUAGAAAAACGUUUUGCAACAAAAACAAGAGUUUCUUAUUGGACAAGUUCAGCCCGUUUGCAUUUGGUUCUUAAUGUAUACACCUCUGGUAAAUGGCACACCGUAAAAUAAGUAACAUGCGUGUGUGUGCGCCUGUGUGUGUUUUCAGGAGAAGGAGGAGCUGUUCCUGCGAGCUCUGUGUCUGUGCCACACGGUGCAGGUCAAGGAGUCUACGGGUCAGGAGGACGGGGUUGAGGACCAGGUGGACGGUGUCCUGGGGCUGGACGGCGAGAUGGUCCACCCUGCAGAGCUCAGGGGCUUCAUCGCCUCCUCACCCGACGAGGUGGCACUGGUCAAGGGAGCCAUGAAGUAAGGGACAGUGCCUGGGCAAUCAAUCAACUGUUAUUAAUCAAUCAAUCCAUCACACAAAUUAACUUCAAUGUGGACUUGGUUUGAUUAGGGUGUUGUGGAAUCAGUACUGCUCACUUGUCUUUGUUGCCAUCUAUAGGUAUGGUUUCACAUUCCUAGGUAUGGAGAGCAAGAACAUGAGAGUGAUGAACAGAAAUAACGAUGUUGAAACGUAAGUCAACAUGUGAAGAGUUUUGAUUAAUGUUAUUAAUGGAUUUCAUUUAGCCGUCUUUCCCCAUUCAAAAUUCUCCUUUUGAUUGACACGGCCAUCUGAUUUCCCCUUGCAGGUACGAGCUGCUUCACGUGUUGAACUUUGACCCCGUGAGAAGGCGUAUGAGCGUAAUAGUCAGAUCCAAAUGCGGUGAGUCAGGGAUUGAGAUUGACCGACAGCUUUUCGUCUAUUAGCUUUUAGUUUUGUUUGUUGUAACCCCAGUCCUGACAUGUCCUGGCUGUGUUGGUUGCUCAGGGGACACCAUGCUGUUCUGUAAGGGGGCCGACUCCUCCAUCUUUCCCCGUGUCAGGCAGGAGGAAGUGGACAGGAUACACAUGCACGUGGAGCGCAACGCUACGGUGUGUCACUGCCCCAUCCGCUUCACUAACUUCAUGUUUAUACAAUGUCUUUGUACGUCUGUGCCUUUAUGUCAAAGGUCUCCCAGGGAGGCUACCAUUUUUGUUUGUGUGUACAUUGAUUUACGAUUCAAGUUUACAUUUCUAGUUUAUUUCCCAUAUGCAAUAGGUACAGGCCUCCACAAUUAUGGCAACCAUGUGGUGAGGCUUCAAAAUUUCCUUUUUUUUUAACAACAAGCUACCAUUUUGUACAUUUGGUGUUCACUGAAAUCAUUGUCCCACGAUUGCACCCGAUGUUUACACCCCUUUGCCACUAGCCUUAUUCCUCCCAUUAUGCAGGAUGACCAUUCUUCUUGUGCACAAUCUUUCUAGAUCAUCCAGUGUCCUGGGUCCUCUCUUAUGCACUCUCCUCUUUAGCUCGCCCCACAGGUUUUCGAUUGGGUUGAGGUCUGGGGACUGAGAUGGCCAUGGGAGGACCUUGAGUUUGUGACUGCUGAACCAUUUUUGUGUAGAUUUUGCCACAUGUUUUGGAUCAUUAUCCUGCUGAAAGACCCAAUGACGACCCAUCUUCAGCUUUCUGGCAGAGGCCAUCAGGUUUUUAUUUAAAAUGUCCUGGUAGUUCAAAGCGUUCAUAAUGCCAUGCACCCUAACAAGGUUCCCAGGGCCUUUGGAAGAGAAACAGGCCCACAGCAUCACAGAUCCUCCACCAUACUUCACGGUGGGCAUGAGGUGCUUUUCGGCAUACUCAUCUUUUGUUUUACGACCCACUUAGAGUGUUUGUUGCCAAAAAGCUCAAUCUUAGUCUCAUCUGACCAAAGCACACGAUCCCAGUUGAAGUCCCAGUGCCGCUUAGCAAACUCCAGACGUUUACGUUUGUGAGUGUUAGUGAGAAAAGGCUUUUUCCUUGCAUGCCUCCCAAACAGCUUGUUGGCAUGUAGAGAGCGUCUGAUGGUUGUUUUGGAGACUUUGUGACCCCAAGAUGCCACUCUUUGAUGCAAUUCUGUGACAGUGAGCUUAGGACUUUUUUUUACUUCUCUUACCAUCCUCCUCACUGUGCGUUGUGGCAAGAUAAACUUGGGACCUCUUCCAGCCUUGUUUGUCACUGUUCCAGUUGUUUUAAACUUCUUAAUGAUUCCUCUGACUGUAGAUACGGGCAAGUUAAGGCAAGUGGCUAUUUUCUUGUAGCCAUUGCCUGACUUAUGAAGGUCGACACAAAUCUGCCUUACUUGAAUGGUGUGUUCUCUUGUCUUUGCCAUGUUGACAAAUGGGUAAGAGAAUUAGGCCUCUGUGUCACGUCAUAUUUAUACCCCAGGGAAACAGGAAGUCAUGAAUUACUAAUUAAAAGUUCAUAGAUACCCUGACCAACUUUAGCAACUACAGAAAAAUAUAUUUUUAAAAAAUCAAUUAAAAUUUUCAGCGGAAUUGUUAGGGGUGCCAAUAAUUGUGGGACACAUGAUUUCAAGUUUUUUUUUUUCUAAAUGUGAUUUUUUUUUUUUACCACCAAAGUAAUGUACUUAAAUAAAAGGUUGGAUUUUUCUCUUUUUUUGCAUUUGGGUUCUAUGUUGUUUAAAAAAAAAAGGAGAAUUUUUGGAAGUCCUCGACCACAUCUUAAACAGGGGUGCCAAUAAUAGUGGAGGGCAUUGUACAUUGAAAGUCUAGAUUUUGCACAUUUAUAAAACACACAGUGAGAAUGUGUUUGUGUGCUUGUGUUGAUUGGUAACUUACGAUGUGUGGUUGUGCCAUAUUUCAGGAGGGCUACCGGACGCUGUGUGUGGCCUACAAGCUGCUGAGCUCUGAAGAGUAUGCCCAGGCAGACGCAGGGUUGAGGGAGGCUAGGCUGGCCCUACAGGACCGAGAGGAGAAACUCAUAGCUGUCUACAACCAGGUGGAGACUGGGAUGAGCCUGAUCGGAGCUACCGCUGUGGAGGACAGGUGGGUGGACAGUCAGCUCAGGGUUAACUCUCAGGCUGCGUCCCAAAUGGCACCCUAUUCCCUAUGGGUGCGGUGGGAGUUAUAUGCAUAUUUUUUUUUCCCUCCUUUACAAUAUGUAUUCAGUCAUUCUGUCAGACAGGCGCACACAUGUGAACGUGUUCACUGACUGUCACACACACUCAAUCACACUCUGCUUCUCAGCCAUCUCAUCUUUCUCUCUCACUUAGCCAUCCCUGUCCUCCCAUCACUCAUUCUCUGACACACCCCUUUUCAUAUCACCUUUUCACUGCAAACUGCCACUCAUCACUCACUCUCCCUCUUUCUCUCCCUCUCUCUUCCUCCCUCUGUCCCCAGGUUGCAGGAGGAGGCAGCGGAGACCAUGGAGGCCCUGCAGCGAGCCGGCAUGAAGGUGUGGGUGCUGACGGGGGACAAGAUGGAGACGGCCAAGUCCACGUGCUACGCCUGCCGGCUGUUCCAGAAGGGCACAGAGCUGCUGGAGCUGACGGUGCGAACCCUGGAGGGUGGAGGGAGGAGGAGAGAAGAGCGACUGCAUGAGGUGCUGUUAGACUACCACAAGAGGGCAGUGCAGGACGCUCCACCGGGCAAAGCUGGGAUCAGCAGGUCAGUGCCGAGUCUAGGGUUGGAGGUUUGAAGGAAGGAGGAGGGUCGUUGGAGUUACUUAUUGAUCAUUUUAUUGGUAGUAAAUUGAUAAUCAUUGGUAGUAAAUUGAUGAUAAUUUGUCGUAAAAUGAUAACAAUUGGUAGCAAAUUAUAAUGUCUUGAACUAUUAGACAGUUUUCCUCUAGUUUGAUUUCGAUUUGUCUCAAGAAAGCUCUGCAUUCUCUUCCCCUCCCAGGAGCUGGUCUUCAGCUAAGCAGGACUACGGCUUCAUCAUAGACGGAGCCACUCUGUCCUUAGUGUUCAACUCCUCUCCAGACUCCAGCCACUACAAGAGUCUGUUCCUCCAGAUCUGUCAGAACUGUACCACUGUUCUGUGCUGCCGCAUGGCUCCCCUACAGAAGGCCCAGGUGAGGUGAUGUCAUAGGAGCUUGCUGAUAGAUUAAGUGUAUCUACAGAAGUUAAAAGCAAACCAGGUGAGGUCUCACGGCAAAAUAAAUAUCUAUAUUUACCCAUAUUACACCUGGUAAUGAUAUUACAAAUGCCUGAAUACGUUUGCAUCUAGGCGUCUUGUUUUGAUUGCAGAACCAAGUGGGAUUUAAUACACUUUUUUUCUCUCUUUCCGCUCUCUCGUUCCUAUAUAGAUUGUGAACAUGGUGAAGAACUCUAAAGGCAGCCCUAUCACCCUCUCCAUCGGAGAUGGAGCCAACGAUGUCAGUAUGAUCCUGGAGGCACACAUUGGCAUCGGUAAGACACUGUGAUAUCACUGUAGACCCAAAUUAUGAAAUGUUUAAUAUUUGAAAUUAUGUUUCAAAUUAAAUUCAGUAAAAUGUAAAAAUUAGAUUUAAAAGUGUGUAUUUGCCCUGGUCUUCCCUGUCUCAGGUAUAAAAGGUAAAGAGGGUCGCCAGGCGGUGAGGAACAGUGACUAUGCCAUCCCUAAGCUCAAGCACCUGAAGAAACUGUUACUGGGACAUGGGCACCUCUACUACGUUCGCAUCGCCCACCUGGUGCAAUACUUCUUCUACAAGGUAGGGGGCAGCACAAAUGUAGGCACCAUAACUUACUGUGCUUAUGGUAACUGAGGAUCAUGAGUAUUGGUCACAUCAGAUGAGGUCAAGGGUGGGUCAUUGUUUGGAGCUAUAAGACAUAAGCCUGUUGCUGCCAAAAGAAAGCGCAUUAGAUAUGAGAGAGACAUUUGACAUUUGAAACCCCACCUCUUUAAGGAAUACCUGGGAUAGGAUAAAGUAAUCCUUCUACCCCCCCUAAAAAAAAAAUAAUAAUAAUAAUAAUUGUAAAGUGGUUAUCCCACUGGCUAUAGGGUGAAUGCACCAAUUUGUAAGUCGCUCUGGAUAAGAGCGUCUGCUAAAUGACGUAAAUGUAAAUAUGAGGAUUAUGUGGGAGUGAUGCAGGGAUCUUUUCUGCCAUUUAAAUCCUUAGGCGGCCCACCUAAGCGGGAAGCCUAUGUCCAAACAGUGUAAAAAAUAUAAAAACGUGUGUUUUAAUUUUCGGAAUGGAAAAACGCUUUCUGUAUCAAAUUAAACUACUAAAACCAGAUAUAAAGUAUGUUGAAAAGAUAGUGGACCUAUAUAUUUUAAAAUAAUAUAAUCUUUGAGAACUAACAUUCACCAAAAUAAAAGCUAGACAGUCAGGGUAAAUUGAAAAUUCCAUAAACAAUUAAUUUAGCAGUACUGAUUUUGUUAUAAUCUUUGAGCAAAAUAACACAGAAUUAGCCAUGGCAAAAUGCAUGGCAAUGCAGGAAAUUAGCUUUACAACAGCUCCAUGGAGAACUGUGUAGAACUACAGGAAAUUGGCUUAAAAAAUGCUAAUUUAUCUACCCCACCAAGAUGGGGGGCCUCUAUAAGGUUAUCUUAAAGUCAGCUGCGCUGAACAGAGGAUGUGAGUGGAGCGAGGAGCGGAGUGUGCGUAAUUUGGCUGGAGCAUGGAGCGGAUUUGUGAAAUGUUGGCGCGUCGGCCAUCUUUCUCGCUCCAAUUUUACUAUGGUGCCACGAGAUCUGGGCAUGCCCUGCCGAGCAUUUUUCAUUUCCUUCAUCACUGUUCUUUUAAUUAGGCAUAUUCUGUUGUAUUCAUUUAGCUACCCCACCACCUAAUGCCCAGAGAUGUUGAUAUGAGUCGACCGAGAAAUAGAUCACACGGCCUGUGUAAUUGAUAGCAAGACAAUGAAUAAGCCCAGCAGUAGCACCGGAGACGUUUAGAUCUUUAUGUAGGCGAUUGCAAAAAAACAAAGAGGUGUCUAUCAACUGUAAAAUGUGAGCGCAACAGAGCCACAGAUUUACACAGUAAGUGUUCUGAUGUUGAUAAAGGACACUGCUCAAGCCCAUGUGAUUUAGAUGACACCCAGACACCAAAGUUCUCCACCACCAAAGGACAUGUCCAUUAUCUUUUGAUGCGUCUAACCUCAGGCUCCUUCUCCCUCUCUUGCUAACAGAACCUAUGCUUCAUCUUACCACAGUUCUUGUACCAGUUUUUCUGUGGAUCUUCCCAGCAAGUGAGUACUGCUCCGGGUCCUGCUGGGGCCCCCUCCCCUCUCUGAGAUUCAAAGAUGCACUAAACAUGAAAUAGCAGAGUAUCCCAUUGAACCCCAGCACCUUCUCCAGUCUACACCCAUACUCUUUCCCUCUGGUUGACCUGACACUCCCUCUCUCCUCGAUCUCCUGGAGUGGCUGCAGUCUUAUAUAUUUAUACGUGUGUGUAUAUGUAUGUAUGUAUGUACAGUUGAAGUCGGAAGUUUACAUACACCUUAUACAUUUAAACUCAGUUUUUCGCAAUUCCUGACAUUUAAUCCUAGUAAAAAUGUCCUGUCUUAGGAUCACCACUUUAUUUUAAGAAUGUGAAAUGUCAGAAUAAUAGUAGAGUGAUUUAUUUCAGCUUUUUAUUUCUUUCAUCACAUUCCCAGUGGGUCAGAAAUUUACAUACACUCAAUUAGUAUUUGGUAGCAUUGCCUUUAAAUUGUUUAACUUGGGUCAAAUUUUGUUUCAGGUAGCCUUCCACAAGCUUCCCACAAUAAGUUGGGUGAAUUUUGGCCCAUUCCUCCGGACAGAGCUGGUGUAACUGAGUCAGGUUUGUAGGCCUCCUUGCUCGCAAACGCUUUUUCAGUUCUGCCCACACAUUUUCUAUUGGGUUGAGGUCAGGGCUUUGUGAUGGCAACUCCAAUACCUUGACUUUGUUGUCCUUAAGCCAUUUUGCCACAACUUUGUAAGUACGCUUGGGGUCAUUGUCCAUUUGGAAGACCCAUUUGCGACCAAGCUUUAACUUCCUGACUGAUGUCUUGAUAUGUUGCUUCAAUAUAGCCACAUAAUUAUCCUGCCUCAUGAUGCCUUCUAUUUUGUGAAGUGCACCAGUCCCUCCUGCAGCAAAGCACCCCCACAGCAUGAUGCUGCCACCCCGUGCUUCACGGUUGGGAUGGUGUUCUUCAGCUUACAAGCUACCCCCUUUUUCCUCCAAACAUAACGGUGGUCAUUAUGGCCAAACAGUUCUAUUUUUGUUUCAUCAGACCAGAGGACAUUUCUCCAAAAAGUACGAUCUUUGUCCCCAUGUGCAGUUGCAAACCGUAGUCUGGCUUUUUUAUGCCGGUUUUGGAGCAGUGGCUUCUUCCUUGCUGAGCGGCCUUUCAGGUUAUGACGAUGUAGGACUUGUUUUACUGUGGAUAUACAGUGGGGAGAACAACUAUUUGAUACACUGCCGAUUUUGCAGGUUUUCCUACUUACAAAGCCUGUAGAGGUCUGUAAUUUAUACCAUAGGGUACACUUCAACUGUGAGAGACGGAAUCUAAAACAAAAAUCCAGAAAAUCACAUUGUAUGAUUUUUAAGUAAUUAAUUUUAAUUUUUAUUGCAUGACAUAAGUAUUUGAUCACCUACCAACCAGUAAGAAUUCCGGCUCUCACAGACCUGUUAGUUUUUCUUUAAGAAGCCCUCCUGUUCUCCACUCAUUACCUGUAUUAACUGCACCUGUUUGAACUCGUUACCUGUAUAAAAGACACCUGUCCUCACACUCAAUCAAACAGACUCCAACCUCUCCACAAUGGCCAAGACCAGAGAGCUGUGUAAGGACAUCAGGGAUAAAAUUGUAGACCUGCACAAGGCUGGGAUGGGCUACAGGACAAUAGGCAAGCAGCUUGGUGAGAAGGCAAUGACUGUUGGCGCAAUUAUUAGAAAAUGGAAGAAGUUCAAGAUGACGGUCAAUCACCCUCGGUCUGGGGCUCCAUGCAAGAUCUCACCUUGUGGGGCAUCAAUGAUCAUGAGGAAGGUGAGGGAUCAGCCCAGAACUACACGGCAGGACCUGGUCAAUGAGCUGAAGAGAGCUGGGACCACAGUCUCAAAGAAAACCAUUAGUAACACACUACGCCGUCAUUGAUUAAAAUCCUGCAGCGCACGCAAGCCAGCGCAUGUCCAGGCCCGUCUGAAGUUUGCCAAUGACCAUCUGGAUGAUCCAGAGGAGGAAUGGGAGAAGGUCAUGUGGUCUGAUGAGACAAAAAUAUAGCUUUUUGGUCUAAACUCCACUCGCCGUGUUUGGAGGAAGAAGAAGGAUGAGUACAACCCCAAGAACACCAUCCCAACCGUGAAGCAUUGAGGUGGAAACAUCAUUCUUUGGGGAUGCUUUUCUGCAAAGGGGACAGGACGACUGCACCGUAUUGAGGGGAGGAUAGAUGGGGCCAUGUAUCGCGAGAUCUUGGCCAACAACCUCCUUCCCUCAGUAAGAGCAUUGAAGAUGGGUCGUGGCUGGGUCUUCCAGCAUGACAACGACCCGAAACACACAGCCAGGGCAACUAAGGAGUGGCUCUGUAAGAAGCAUAUCAAGGUCCUGGAGUGGCCUAGCCAGUCUCCAGACCUGAACCCAAUAGAAAAUCUUUGGAGGGAGCUGAAAGUCCAUAUUGCCCAGCGACAGCCCCGAAAACCUGAAGGAUCUGGAGAAGGUCUGUAUGGAGGAGUGGGCCAAAAUCCCUGCUGCAGUGUGUGCAAACCUGGUCAAGACCUACAGGAAACGUAUGAUCUCUGUAAUUGCAAUUACAAAGGUUUCUGUACCAAAUAUUAAGUUCUGCUUUUCUGAUGUAUCAAAUACUUAUGUCAUGCAAUAAAAUGCAAACGAAUUACUUAAAAAUCAUACAAUGUGAUUUUCUGGAUUUUUGGUUUAGAUUCCGUCUCACAGUUGAAGUGUACCUAUGAUACAAAUUACAGACCUCUACAUGCUUUGUAUGUAUGAAAACCUGCAAAAUCGGCAGUGUAUCAAAUACUUGUUCUCCCCACUGUAGAUUAUUUCGUACCUGUUUCUUCCAUAAUCUUCGCAAGGUCCUUUGCUGUUGUUCUGGGAUUGAUUUGCACAUUUCGCACCAAAGUACGUUAAUCUCUAGGAGACAGAGUGGCCAUCACAAAGCCCUGACCUUAAUCCUAUAGAACAUUUGGGGGCAGAACUGAAAAAGCGUGUUCGAGCAAGGAGGCCUACAAACCUGACUCAGUUACACCAGCUCUGUCAGGAGGAAUGGGCCAAAAUUCACCCAACUUAUUGUGGGAAGCUUGUGGAAGGCUACCUGAAACGUUUGACCCAAGUGAAACAAUUUAAAGGCAAUGCUACCAAAUACUAAUUGAGUGUAUGUAAACUUCUGACCCACUGGGAAUGUGAUGAAAGAAAGAAAAGCUGAAAUAAAUCAUUCUCUCUACUAUUAUUCUGACAUUUCACAUUCUUAAAAUAAAGUGGUGAUCCUAAAACAAGGAAUUUUUACUAGGAUUAUAUGUCAGGAAUUGUGAAAAACUGAGUUUAAAUGUAUUUGGCUAAGGUGUAUGUAAACUUCCGACAUCAACUGUAUGUAUGUAUAUAUGUAUGUAUGUGACAUUCAUAUUAUAUGCACGUUAUGUAUACAAUAUGACUAGUACGUCCCUUGGUUACAUCAAGUAAGUCUUCGCCAUCUUAGGCAAUGUAUUCAUUCCUUUGGCACAUGUUUAGCUCUCGCAGGAGAGGGUACACAUCUCUCAGUAUACACAGCUAACUUCUGAUAUGUAAACUCGGUCUCUAAGUAGCUCAGUUUAAAAGAUGCCCCCCAGCUCAGACCUGCUCUCUCAGAUCCAUCUGUGUGUAUAUAUCAACGGAUAUCUUCUGCAUGUGGCCACACAGCAACAGGCUCCAGGCUAUAGAGCCAUCUUCCUGUGUUAGGUAGUGGUUGUGUGUUUGUCAGUGUGUGUAUGUGAGUGCUCUCUCCUCUCUGUGUAAUUAACCCCUGGGUUCCCAAUCCGUCCUGUCCCUACCCCCCUUCCUUCCCGCGUCCUCCCCAGCCCCUCUACGAUGCAGCCUAUCUGACGAUGUACAACAUCUGUUUCACCUCAAUGCCUAUCCUGGCCUACAGCCUCUUGGAGCAGCACAUCUGUAUGGAAGUCCUGAUGGACAACGCCACCCUCUACAGGUAGGGCCGGGAACGACACUAUUCAUUUUGUGCCUACAUAGAAAAUGCACUAGCUAUGCUUCUAGUGUGAUAAUGACGAGACAAGCAAGUGGUUUCAAUCCUCCGUCUUUGUAUUGUUGUGUACCUCCCUUCCUGCCCCCUUUUCUCUCCUUAGGGACGUAGCAAAGAACGCCAUGUUGCGUUGGGGCCCCUUCCUGUACUGGACCCUACUGGGGGUCUACCAGGGCCUCCUGUUCUUCUUUGGAGUCCGCUUUCUCUUUAGUAACCCCGCCCUGCAGGACAAUGGCCAGGUGUUUGGGAAUUGGUCGUACGGAACGAUUGUUUUUACUGUCCUCGUCUUCACCGUUACGCUAAAGGUAAAGCACAUUUGAACAUAAAGUGUUGUUGAAAUACGUUUUCAGACCAUUGAUACCACUUGUCUUCUGUUUGUGGUUAUAGCUGGCUAUGGACACGCGCCAUUGGACGUGGAUCAAUCACUUUGUCAUCUGGGGCUCGCUGGCCUUCUACAUGUUCUUCAGCUUCUUCUGGGGUGGGAUCAUAUGGUGAGGACCAGAUCAUCUGACACAUACGUCAAUCAAUGUUAGUGGUGGGCUGGAGCAAAAGCCUACUCGCCUUGUAGUUCUCCUGAACCGUGGUUGGUGACCGUUGUAUUUGCACUGACCUGUGUGAAUGUUGUAAACGCUCUCCCUCCCGUCAGGCCAUUCCUUCGGCAGCAGCGUCUCUACUUUGUGUUUGCUAACAUGCUGAGCUCUGUGUCGACCUGGCUGGUCAUCAUCCUCCUCGUCCUGCUCAGCUUGCUGCCUGAGAUCCUGCUGCUGGUCCUCCGCAAGCCCCGGUGGCCCCACUCACGACAGGUACUGUACACACACACACACACAUCUAUCUCUAUAUUGUUUUAAUGUUAAAGGGGAAAACAACUGUUCAAAACACUUCAUAGUAGUUUUCUACAGCUAUGACUUGUCCUUUAUGCGUCUUUAUGCACUGAGGAGAUGCUUAGAUAUCCCUGUAUUUCUGUUUAUGCAUCAUAACAGUCUCAUAAUUUACGUUUUGUCCUUGCAAGUAGCCAUUGGUGUCUCCUUGACGAUUCGGUCAUGCUUGACGGAGCCCAUUGCUCUAAACAUACAUUAAAGAGCUCCUCCAUAGCGGUCUGAUUUGUGUUGUUGACAUGGAUGGAGAUCAGAGGAAUAAUGUAAUUUCCCCCCCCCCUUCUCCCCUCUUAGGCCAGUAUCUUCUGGUAUAGUCUGUCACUUAACUCCCCAUGAGGCAAAUUAGUUUUUCUUCAAAGUAUUAGUAAUGGUGUGAUGACGCAUAAUUUGGUUAUUCAUUUUACAAGUUAUAUGAUAUUAUCACUCGAUUGAUUUUUCAACCAACAUAUCCUCAUACCUUAUCCUUUUUUGUACGCCCGAUAAAUGUAAAUGUUUGACAACCUCGUAAUGAUUUUGAUGAUUUUAACUGUACGAACAAAAAUAUAAACUCAACAUGCAACAUGCCCAUCCACUUGGGAGCCAGGCCCAGCCAAUCAGAAUGAGUUUUUCCCCACAAAAGGGCUUUAUUACAGACAGAAAGUGGCAUCCCCCGCCCCCUGCGGUUGUGAGGCCGGUUUGACGUACUGCCAAAUUCUCUAAAACGACGUUCGAGACAGCUUAUGGUAGAGAAAUUAACAUUUAAAUUAUCUGGCAACAGCUCUGGUAGAUAUUCCUGCAGUCAGCAUGCCAAUUGCAUGCUUCCUCAAAACUUCAGUCAUCUGUGGCAUUGUGUUGUGUGACAAAACUGCACAUUCUAGAGUGGCCUUUUAUUGUCCCCAGCACAAGGUGCACCUGUGUAAUGAUCAUGCUGUUUAAUCAGCUUCCUGAUAUGCCACACCUGUCAGGUGGAUGGAUUAUCUUGGCAAAGGAUAAAAUGCUCACUAACAGGGAUGUAAAGAAAUUUGUGCCCAAGAUUUUUGAGAAAUAAGCUUUUUGUGCGUAUGGACAUUUUCUGGGAUCUUUUCAGCUCAUGAAACAUGGGACCAACACUUUUACAUGUUGCGUUUUAUAUUUUUGUUCAGUGUAGAUAAAGGCGUAGGCCAAACACACACACACACACACACACACACACACACACGUAUGCUGGAUGGGCUGUUAUUUGUGCAUCAUGGAGCUCUAUCACUUCUAUGGUUCAAAGAAAUGCAAUACAAUGUCAUUUAUUUGUAUGUUGUUUUUGCUCUCAAGUAACAACAACAACACAUUUAUUACAUUUAAUUCAGACCAAUAAAGGUUACAUUUAACCCACAACACCAAUACACUUCUAACGGCAAGGAGUCUAACCUGAUACCAUUGAUGAACAUCGUUGAAAGUUCUAGGGCCUCAGCAGCAAAGGCCAACCCUCUUGCCCCACUCUAACUAAAUGCUGUCUUUAACUCUAAUGCUCUGGUUUAAUACAUUUGUUCUACUCUUUUUCUCCCUCUGUCUCACUCCCUCUUAUUGCCUCUUCUGUUUCUCUCUUUCUAUCCUGCCUGCUUUGCCAAAGAUCAAGCAACGACUUCCUUCGUCGGGAACGUCCACUAUCUUCAUGCUGUCGCAGACCGCCAGUACUCACAGCUUCUCCUGGAGUGACUGAGGUCUCUCUCUCUCUGCUCUUUCCCUUAACCUCCUCCUGUCCUGCUUGUCAGAUUCCUCCCCCUUCCCUCCUCCUGCCUUUAACAUUACUCAGGUGGUGUCCAAUAACAUCCAGCAUCCUCCCUCCCUUGACUUGACAGGUUAGGCCUGAUCCUCACACUGUUGCCCAUUCUAGAGAUUCCCAGUUCAGAUCAUAGUGAUGAUAGUGACCCUUUGAAGGUUCUAACCACUGUCCAGACUGGGUGGUCCAUUUUUGUUAUGCCAGGACAAUUUGAGAAUGUUUAUGUAAAUGCUGGAUUGCCCAGUGCCCUGCCUUCUCUGUCACUUACCCAGCAAUAGUGGUUUUUGGUUUGGUGCUGAAACCAUGGAGCGUUGGUGCUAUGUCUUCUUAAGUAUGUCUGAGUGCAUCAGUCAUUGUGUCUUAGCUGCCUGUGUUGCCCCUGUGCCUGCGGUCUCUGCAUGCCUGUCCAGGUGAAUGCAGCACGCAAACACAUGAGGUUAAUCUGCAUGCCAAUGUGCCCCAGACUCCAGCCAACCCCAUACCCUGGACCCCCCACCACAACCACAGUGGGCCACUACAGCGAUGUGUGUGUUUGUGUUGCUCUGAAUGCGUGUCUGAAGUCAGAAGUAUUUGGAGGGCAACACCAAUAAUGUGUAUUAGUCCAUUAAGACAGCUUUGUUUUGCCUUAAAGAAUAGAGAUUAACAACACUUAAACAACGAGAUCUUUCUAAACAUUGACUUGUCCCUCCUGACAAUCAUUGGGUUGAGGAGAGAAUAUUCGCCAGGGAGAGUGUGUGUUUAAACUACAUUACAUUGUCCACUUGCUGUCUUGUAAGUGUCUCUGUCAGCACCGAGGUGUCAUUAGUGUCUCUUGCCUGACCCUUCCAGAAGAAGCCAGUGGUUCAGUCGGGCGAGUGGGAAACCCAGUCUCCCCGGUCUUCAGCCAGGCCCCUGCUAAUGCGAACCUUUUCAGACGAGUCCAAUACUAUCCUAUGAACAGGUACCAGCCCCAACUCUGCCCCCUAGUUUAACCAAUCAAAUACCUCCCAAAACAAACCCUUUAGCAGCCUAUAUCUGCCGGGGCCCAUUACCCCUUAGCUGUAACCAGAAUCCAGUAUUCUACUCCAAAUCCUUCUUUCCGUGCCUUCAAGAAGGAAGAUCCUUUUUUUAAGAACUCGCUUCAGCCCUCUAUCACUUACCUUAACCCGUACUUCCUGUGUGGUGAGCUCUUAUUGGUUGGCUGAAAAGUGUGUUUGUCAUAAUGUCUGCUUCAUAUUUUUUCUUGUGAUAUGUGUACAUACAGAUUACUGCCAAAAUAAAGCAAACACUUGGAUAAAUGAGGGAUACAAAGUAUAUUGAAAGCAGGUGCUUCCACACAGAUGUGGUUCCUGAGUUAAUUAAGCAAUUAACAUCCCAUCAUGCUUAGGGUCAUGUAUAAAAAUGCCCAGUUUUCCAUUAGUUUGGCUACCAUGGCUAGAAGAGAUCUCAGUGACUUUUAAAAAAGAUGGGUCUCGAGGAGCAUAGUGUGCUGAGUGAUUAGUGCUUUUUUAGCUCGUUUCGGUUAGAUUAUUAAAUAAUCACGGUUUUCGGUUUCAAUCAUUUUAUUUUUUACAUUAAAUGCACUAUGCAUUAUGUGGGUUGAAUGCUCUAAACACAGAAUAAAACAAUUAAUUAAAGUCCCAUGAUGGUAGUGCUGCACAUUACUGCUUUAACCAUAAUUUAUUCACUGUACUUUAAUAUAUACAACCAAAAUAUUUUAUUACAUUUGUUUUAUUUGAUGACUUUAUUAUUUCAUUCCAAGUCAUCUUAUCUCCAAAGCUGCUGCCUAUGCUGUCUGACAAAAUCAGUAUUUUGUAAUUCUUCAAAGUAAAUAAGGCAUACUUUUAUGACUGCUGAAUACCAACUAUCAAUCACUUAGAUCAUGUAUUUUCAGGUAGAGAUGCCUCACAAAGCAACUGCUCUCUAUCCCUCUCAAUCACACAUUCUUCUCUCUCUUCUCUCCCUCUCCAUGUCUGCCCCACACUAAUCUAAUGUAGCACGCGUAAAAGAAACACAUACUGGACAAGUAGGCACAAUGGAUUGUGGUCAUUGUAGUUAAUUAUCACAUUUUCUGCUCGAAACCAUUUAGAAUAUUGGCCUGUUGGAAACUACAACUCCCUACUAUAUCGCACAAUUUGGGCUUGAUCUGUUUUAUCUCUAGAGAAACUGUGAAAUCUGGGCAUUGAACUCAGAAAAAAAACGAACAAAAUGGAAUUCAAAUAAUUGAACCGACGUUGGUUAUUUUUUGUUUUAAACAAAUUAACUAACAUUUCAGUGAAUCGCUCAGCGUGUGUGCGUCUGUCACCAUAUCUCAACCCAGUUUAACACUUAUGGAAGAUUCAGGAGCGGUGCCAGAGACGGUGUUUUCCACCACCAUCAACAAAACAUAAAAUGAUGGAAUUUCUCAUUGAAGAAUGGUGUCCCAUCCCUCCAAUAGAGUUCCAGACACUUGUAGACUCUAUGCAAGGGAUGGAACUCAGUCGGGGUCUCAACUUACUGUUGCGAGUUAUAAUAGUAGAAUACACAAGGUGCAAUUUCAAAAUUGGGUUGUGCAUCAGCAGUAAAUCCCUGAUAGUCAGUCAAUUAGCCCAUGUCAGCAAUUUUCUGGGGGAUUGCUAAGUUAGUUUUGCGGCCAGCUAUCUAAACUUGUUAUCAUGGUCAAAUUACCUGCUGGGUGGCCCCCAUUGAUUUUAUUAGUCAGUCUCACUCAGAUAUAAUAUUAAAAACUGCAAACAUUUCUCUCCGCCCCAUGGCAAAAUGUGUAGAAUUGCACUGUCAAGAGGGCCACUAAAAUGUUUUGCUCAUAAUGUGGGGGUGGGGGGGGGGGGGGGGGUGGGGGUUGUGGAUUUGGUCACACAGACCCACGAGCAACUGUGACCCCUCAUGAUGAGUUCAGAUUUUUUGUGGCCCCCACCCCAUCAAAGUUGCCCAUCCCUGAUCUAUGCCAAGGCACAUUGAAGCUGUUCUGAUGGCUCGUGGUGGCCCAAUGCCCUAUAAAGACACUUUAUGUUGGUGUUGGUGUUUCCUUUAUUUUGGCAGUUACCUGUACAUGUGUACAUACAUAAGGACAUAUCCUUAUGGACAAAGUUAACUCAAAAGAUUUAGAUAAACAUUCAACUGACAAUGUUGAAAUUGGUGUCAGAAGUGGGCGCCUUUUCAAUAUUGACCCACUAAAGGCGUCUGCAUGCUUCAGAACAGUUUGUGCAUAUAUUAUGACAUUCUUACGUUUUUGUUUGUUUGGUCUUCGGCAAGGGUUUUCUCUGCGGUUUUAUGACCUUCGUCGGUCAUUGGUCAACAGUAGGUAUUCUUCUUUGAAGUGUUUGUCGAUCAAUGAUGGAUGACAAGUUUCAAUGCACUUUUUUUCAAUUGAGAAAUACUGCACCAAACAUCUUAGUUAGAUGUAAAAUUGAGCGACUAGGAUCUCCUCUGCAAAAACGUCAAUGACAGAUUUUUUGAGUUUUCUUAGAUUAAUUCUGAUUAUUUUGAAGAAGUGGCUACGGUGUCUCAAGAUGGACAAACGGUACUAUUGCCGCUUUUUCUCAUUUUUCAAGCAAAGGUCGGAAGCAUGCGUAAGCCUUAAGCCAGGACAAUGAUGAUUGCUCCUUUCAGCCUCCAGUAGACAACCUGCUCAUUGUGUCCUUGCAUGUGCUCUUUUUAAUGAUUUCAUGUUACCUUUUUGAAAAAAAGUAUCAACUCUCCUGUGGAUGGGGAUUCAUCUGUGUCAUCAGUUUGUAUGCGUGUUAAAGGGGUGAAUGUGAGUAAGUCUGUUUUGGUGUUUCUUUCAUCUCUAUAUGUAAUUCAACAUUGCAGACCUCGGAAUCUGCCAUUUCUAUUUCUCCCUUUAUGGCAUUGUCAUUUAUGUGGUGGUUGUGGUUAUUAUAAUUUUGGGGGGUUGAAUGUGCAAUAACAUGCUUGUGUGUCACUGGUGUCAUGUUUUUCAUUUGCAAGUACGACUAUCGAGCUUAGCUGACUGCAUGUUAUGCCAUCCCUUUGCCUGAUAUAUAGAAUAUUGAGCUUACUACGUCAAUGAACUGACCGUCAACUGAGUGGUUGGGUUCCAUUUAUUGGAAUGGCAGUAAUGUGUUAACACCAGGCUUUACGCUCACAUCCCUCAUCUUCAUUUAACCUGUUUAUCUGUUCUUCCCAGCCUUCAGAGGACUCCCUCCUACAGACAUCCAGGUAAAACAAGGGGCUAAUCUCGCAUGUCUAACGCCUCGGUUAUUGCUCAUGGUCUUGGGUUCCAUAGACAUUUAGAACCCUGGUUGAUGAUCACGUUCAAUCCGAGCAAUAGACAUUCUAUGAUUUGAUUCCAGCUGAUCUGUUUUCAGGGGAGGUGUGUCCAAUCGAUUUUAUCUGGGGGUAUGUUGUCAAUUCUACCUGAUUCUGGGGGUCAUCAUUUAAUGCUGUCUGUGUCAUGGUGUGGCUGGGUCUUGCCACCGUCCAGUGGUUGGCAAUUGGCAGGAGCAGGUUUCUGUCUAUAGAGGUGGACUGACUUCUGUGUGUGUUUUGUAUUGGUUUUGUAUGUCCUCUCCAGAACGCUGCUGUCAUGCCCUUGUCCUACAAGCACAUGAAGGAGCAGGAGUGAAGGGCACAAAGGAGGAUCAACUACCCUGCGGCCUGCGUCUUUCAGGAGCCCAUGGCACUCUGGAUGCCUGGGCUUUUGCCUGA